GGGAGCCGUGCAGCGUUUCCCGCCUCCACAGGGGGCAGAAAUCAGUGGCUGGCUGCUGCUCUGCAUACUUCCUUUUCCCCGCGUCCUGCCGCUGGAGGACCGGACUAGAAACUUGGGAAAGAGGGCUGCUGCUGCUGCGAGCGCGGGAAGGGACCGAGGGGGGACAGCCGCCUCUCGCAGCCGCCAAAGGAGGAGGAGGAAGGAGAGGGCAGCAGCAGCUGCAGCCCUCCUUGUUUUCUGCCGGUGCCGGGAAGAUGUCCGGCGGGAGCAGCCGAAGGAGAAGCGGCUCCUCCUGGCACAGCAGCUUCUCCCGACUUUUCUCCAGGAGCCCGUCCAAGGAGCAGGAGGCAGCGGGCACAGCAGCAGCAGCAGCAGCAGCUGCUCCUCCUCAGCAGCCGGGCGCACGCAGGUAGGGAAAGGGCGCGAGCAAGGCCGGCAGCUGCGGCUCGUCUCCUCCUUCCUCCCUUUCUUUCUUCCUUCUGGGCUCGGCUGAAGAAGUUGCUGCCCUUCGCCGUGCGGGUGGUUGCGGCUCGGGCGCCUCAGCCCCUUCUUCGAGGCGCUCCCCUUCGCGUUUCCCUCGUCGCCGGCCUCCUCCGCCGGUCCCAGCUCUUCUCUGUCGCGGCGCCCCAUCGCUGGGCGACAGAAGCAGCUGCCUUGCUGCUGGGACUGGCGGGGGGAAGCGCGCGCGGCUGUGGGCGAAAGUGGCAUUUCCAACACGGCCAAACCGGGCGGGCAGGACACUUCUUCGCCGCCUUUCUCCCCACGCUGCAAAAGAGUGUGUCCCGGGCGGGUUGAAUGAGACUGGAUUCCCCCUGGGUCACUCGAGUCCACUGCCUUGUUUCCUUUCGAGCUCUUUCUUUCCCCUCCUACUUUCCCAAAGAAAUCAGAGUUGGACCCGAUUUCGAUUUCAAGCACUUUCUCAUUUGGGAACAAAGCAUUUGCCAUGAGGCAUUCUAGUCAGAAGGCGGUGACCUUAACGUGGCACUCCAGAUGUCACUUGCAAAAAGUGAGUUCGUGGGGACUGACAGGGCAAGCGAUGUCUUUCAUAUCAGUAUAUAUAUUUUUUGUGAACUGCCUUUGGGUCGUGAGUUGAGAUGGGCAGUAUGUAAAUAUUCCAAAAUAAAUAAAUAAAUCUAUUACUCCAGCAGUUAAUAAUUACUGGCAAGCACAUCUCUGAGGUUGAGCAAUCUGAAGUAGUUGAUAUUCCAUAUGGAUGCCCUUAAAGUUCAUUUCCUAUAAAAGCAACUUCCCUCCUCUCCUGCCAAGCAAUUUUGACUGAAGAAGUACAGUAUAGCUGCCAUCCUGGACAUGCUUUCCUGGGAAUAAGCUCCCUUUAAAGCAGCAACUUGCAUCCUGCUAAAUAUGCGUGGGACUGUGCUGCCGCAACAUAACACAACUUUCAGUAAGGUGACAUAAUUUUGAAUUUCUGUUAGGAAUAACUUUUCUCACAUACAGGAAAUGCAGAGGUUCUCUGUAGAAACUAAUUACCGUGCAAUUAUUUGUAAUCACAUUCCAGAGUCUGAGUUAACCUUGUCCUAUUACAAACCUCCUGACCAAGCCCACAAAUACUGUACCAUGAAACUGCUUUACUUUAGCAUACAGUAACCCAUCAUUUCACAUGCAUUUGAUUUGUGUCAAUACGCAGUCAAAGGUGGGCUGGUUGAAAUUGUGCAAGCCAAGUCUCAAGGAAGGCAGAGGAUUUUAAAGUUCUUUUUGAACCAGGUUGCCCAAGCAGACCAAGCAGUGCGAAAGAAGCUUUUAAGCUCUUUGCCUUUCUUGCUGGGAAAGGCCCACUUGGUGCAUUGGUGCUAAGAGUACUCUCUUUCCCUUCACCCACUACCCACAGGGCAGCUAAAGAGGUUUGACUAUAUGUGAUUUACAUGCAUACGUGGGAACCUUGGAAUUGAACCUGCACAUAAGAUGAACUAUAUAUAAGACCUCUCCACGUUGCUUCAUCUGGUGAAUAAGCAGCUGUAUAUCUUUAAAUGGGAUUUUAAAUGUUUAUUCUGGAUUUUAGCUAAACCAUAAUUAGAAUCAAGUGUUUUUGUUGGUUAAAAUGAAGGAAUAAUUCCUUCACAGAAAUAUAUUUUUGUUUCUGGCUUUGGCCACUUAUUGUACAGGAAGUUGUAAGCCAUUUGGCAUUUUGUCUUGGUUUUUGUUGAGCAAUGAGUCCUGUUAAGGUAUGACAAAUAGUAAGAUGGAAGAUUUCCUAGAUUAUUAAACAAUGUAAACAAAAACAUUGUUUGUUUAGGAAACAUGCCACAGAUUGGCUUGUAGUACUGGUGCUACUAUAAGUUGGAAAAUUUUCUCUUGUGUGUAAAAUCGAAGAAGAAUGUGGAGUAAACUUGUUCUGAAUUGCACUGGACACAUUUCUGCUUAAAAUUAUUUUUGAAACAAAAUAUUUUGCAGACAUUGGGAACACAGGCUAUUGGUUGCAGGUUAUUUAGGGCUGCCAUACAUCUGGAAUUCCCUGAACAUAGCUGGAAUAAAUAUGGCAGUCGGAAACAGUGCCCAGGUACCCAGGUAGAAAUGUCAGAAAUUUCCUUUAAAAAAAAAAAAAAAAAAAGCUCAAUACUUUUGUGUCCGGAUUUUCACCCUAGUUUAUUGCAUGUGACUUAGACCCUUAUAUCCACUGUGAAUCUCAACUGUGUAAAAAUCUCCCUGGUUUACUGAUUACUAUCUCCAGAAGCAAAUAGUCUUGACACCUUGCUGGGCUCCUUCAUGAGGAAGGACAUAGUAUAGAGUGAAUAAAUAAAUGAAUAAGAAUAAUAGUAAUAUCACUGCCGUGGUGGAGAGAAUUAAAGGUUUUCAUUUAUUUUCAUUGACCAAAUGCAGCCUACUAUAUGAAUGUUUAAAGUGACACAGUAUGAGUACUUAACUCCUCCCUACCACAGCAUGUACAUUAGAUGAAAGUUUUAAGACAAUAUGUACAGUGUUAAUGAGCCCUUUACAGUCUUGUGAGACUAUCAUUUGAUUCAGAUUGUGAUAAUAGAUUUUCCACUGUAUAGCAGGUUUGGAUGUGGUAAAGAGAUGUUAUGUACAUGAACUAUGCAUUUAUAGUUGUAGCAUAUGACUGAUGUAGACUGAUUAUGUGGGCUUUAUUUAUAAAUAUUUCUAGGUGGCUUGCAACAUAAAAAUGCAAAAGCCAUUAAGGCAACAGAAGAUAAACACUACCAAGUAUUUAUGAGACAGUGCUGUCUUAAAUUGAAUGUUAAAACCAUAUAUGCAUUUAAUAACUGUUUUAUUAGAAUAAAGUUUAUACUUUUGGAUUCUAGUUAACUAUUGUUGUCUAAUAAACAUUUUCAUUAAUGGAUUAUUCAUUUAGGUUAUAGUUACAGUUAAAUGCUCACCAUAAUCUCUUGCUAUCCUUGACUCUCCCUCCUCUCCCCUCUAUUGUCUAUUUUUUAUCGUUAGCUUUUGGGGAAUGGAACCGUCUUCUUUUUCAGUUUGCUACAUGCACUUAAAUGGAUGUGCUGUACAAAAAAUUAACAGUGACCCACAUCUAUUGGCUGAUAUCCAACAUUAAUCUUAAGAGUGCAUCCAUUUAUUCCAGCAGGUCUACUAUGACUAUAACUGAGUUGGAUCUCACCCUUAGAGUAGAAUAAUUUAGUUACUGUGCAUCAGAUGGAAUGCCUCCCCCCAAACCAGAUACAGUGGUACCUCAGUUGUUGAAUGUAAUCCAUCCCAGAAGACCGUUCGACUUCCGAAAAGUUUGAAAACCAAGGUGCAAUGGGCAGUUGGCAAAUUCCAUUGAGAAAUGCGCCUCAGAAAAAAUAUUUUUCUUUUUUUCCCCUGUAACUGUUGUUUUGUUUUUCAUUUGGUUAUUUAAGUGAAAUUCAAUAAAAAGAAAUAAAAAAAAAAGAGAAAUGCGCCUCAGAAGCCAUUCAACUUCUGAGGCACAUUCAAAAACGGAAGCAUUUACUUCCGGAUUUUCAGUGUUCAAAAACCGAAACAUUCGGCUUCCGAAUCAUUCGACAACUGAGGUACCACUGUAUGGGCUAAUCCCCCCCCCAUGCUGCUAAACUACAAUUCCCAUCAUUCUUGGUCCCUGGCCUUGCUUGCUGGGGCUGAUGGGAGUUAUAGUUCAGUCACAUCUGGAGGGCUAAAAGUUUCCCACCCCCAAUUUUAAAACACAUUUCUUUAGCUCAUGGUUGCAAGUAAAAGAACAUAAAUGUUGGCUUGUGUUCGGCUGAAGUUUAACUAUAUGGUUUAGAAAACUGACAACAGUGAAUAGUGAAAUGAAGUAGGAGUCCCAUGGAGCUAGCACACUAAAGAUCUUAGUGGUUGCUCCUGCUUUGCUGUGGAAAGAUCUUGCAGCAUAUCAGCUGAUGAUCUUCACUGGAGAAUGUUCCUGUUUGCUGGCUUCGUUGGAGACAGCUGGCUGAAGGACCUAGCAGUUGUGAGGCUGCUCAGCCUUCAGAGAUCUCUCUGUCCAGCAGUUUUGUGACAAAGCCUCUAUGCCUACUCUUUGCUGGAGAAGGCAAGCAGAAUACUGUAGCAGAGAGGGCUUAUUACUCAGGAGAAGAGGGAGGAGUUCUUCUGACGACCUCCACCAAACAUAUACAACCCUUUUCUAGCUGUCCCAAGGCAAGCAUGUGUAUAUUAGCCAACAUUUUGGAUGAUACUCCUGGUAGCCUAAUACUAGUACUAUUAGACAAUUCAGGGACUUGGUUUGGAGCAAAUAUGAGUUUGAUUUAAUAUUCUGGGCAAGGUUAGGAUGGUUCCUCUGGUAGAGAUCUUCCAAUGCCUAACCCCUUCUUAAGAUUGCUCUCAUUUGUCCAUUCAGUGUUGAUGAACCAGGUUUGCAAAAGGUCACUUUCUGUAAAUCACUCUGCACUUUUUAGGACAGGCAAUUUUGAAUAAAUAUGAUGCUUGAUUUAUACCCUUGAAUUCUGGAGCUGAGUCUUGUACAGGGUAAAGAAGUACAACUGCAGAACUUUCUGUGACCACUGGGAAAUGAGUUCUAGCAUCUUGUAGUACUGAAAUAAUUUAAAUAACUCUUAUUUAUUUUGCAAUGCCUGCUAGGAUUUUCUUUUGCUAUUACUGUAUUUUAUAGCUGAAAUGAAAUUGCUUCUUGACGUUUAAAAUUGCUACUGCUUAGAUUUCACCAUAGACAUCAUUUUCAACAUCAUAAAUAUAACGGGCACUUUAAACAUUUACAUAAUCCUGUUUUAAACUGCGGGAUCUAUGAGCAUAUGCAAACAUGGGCCAGUAUCAUGUGGUCAAUAUUUUGUAUGAAGUAUUAAGGUCAAUAUUUUGUUUUCAAAUACAAAAUAUUGCUGCUCCUUUCUUUGUGAUGUAAUUGUUUAAAUUUAAUCAAAAUUCAGUAUUCUCAAAUGUGUUGCUGCAAAGUAGCAGAAACAUUACUUUUAAUUUGAAAAUCAUGUUGGAAUCUUCCUAUGACCUAUUUGUCUAAUGUUUGGUCUGUAUUAAUAUUAGUUGCUAUGCUUGACAGAUGACAGUAGGAAAAUCUCAGUGUAAUCUGCCAUAAUCCUGAUGCUCAAUGUUGACCUUGAGCUCUGUACAAAAAUAAAACAUUCUGAUGUUCAUAUGCACUGCAGAUUAAAAAAAUUGCUUUGUGUAAUAUUGGUCAACAAUAUGUAUUUUUAAUGUAUCCGUUAAAAUUUGGUGAGAGUUUUUUGUGCAAUUCAGAGCCUUUAUGGGAAGAGUCUGAUGUUCUCAGUGGUUGUAAUGUUUCUGUUUUUCCCUCUUUCAACAAUCCUAGCAUCAGUUAUGAUUAUUUUCAUGUAAUCUUGAAAUAUAGAUUGUCUUGCAUGGAUUUAAAUAAUUAUUUUGCACAAUUAAAGCUUCCUUGUUUCUCUUGCAGUCAUAAAAAAAUGGAGCUGUUUAAGUUUUUAGUCCAAAUUGGUCAAGAAGAAUAUGCAUUUUAUUUUUGCACUCCAAAUUGGAGCCCUAAAUCAGAAAUAGAUCCAUACUGUUUAGUUCCCAGGUUGUGAGCAUUAUGUGAAGCAGAAACAGUUUCCUAGUUGCAGGCCCCUAUGAAGGGGUGGUUCUUCCUCACCCAGUAGCCACCUUCCAGGCUGUUCUGGAAGGUCCUCCAGAAAUUUUAAGAUCUUUGAGCGGCUGCAGAGGAAUCUGAGAAAACAGCAUCCCCCAACUUCCAUUUGCAGAUUAAAGGCCCAGAAGCGAAUAGGCCUGAGAAACAGCACCAAGCAGCUGAUUGCUAUAGUGAAACUCAGCGGCUUAGUUGCACAAAUAGCUGGUUGCCUUAGCUGUUAUCCUCAAUAUUAAUAAUUCUUUAUCCUUUCAAUAUUUCUAGAACUGCUUUUUGGAUUAUUUGAACUUUUAAAAUAUUCCUAAAGUCAGAGAACUUCAAAAUGCUCUCAGGAGGAAGCUAAGGGAGAGCAUGUGUGAAUGUAGCUGAAUUAGAGGCACUUUCUGUAGUAGCUCGUAUGGCAAAUGCAUCAUAAUUCCAUGUAUCCCUGAACUUCUCCCGGUAUCCUUACUAUCCUCUGUCAGCCCCACCACCAUUGUGCUACUUAAAUUAAUGAGGGAUACUGACACUAGUAUUCUACUCAGUCCUAGCAGGGUUUAAAAUCUAUUGCUGUCAAGCAUCAUUCUUGGAAUGCUAACACCCUGCAUAGUCUUUGAAAGUCCAACCCAGAACCCCUGUCUUCCAGUUUUACCCCUCCCAUACUUACCCAACAUACUUACCCAACUUCAUUGUCAAAGCCAAGACAUCUCUGUUCUCCUGCCAGCGCUCAGUUUCCUUCUAAGUUCCAAGCAUUGCUGCCUAAUACGGCAAACAAAUGUUUGUAUACAUAAUGUGGGUGGGGUGGUUCAAUAAAGGAAGAGAAGGGAUGGGCUUUUUCUUUACACAUUCAGAGGAUUGUUGUGCAGAACAAAGGUAAGGAAAUGCACUUGGACAGUCUUUGAAGAUUUGUGUUCUCUUGUAUAUGGUUUGCACAGGCGAUUUGAUUUGAUUUGAUUUGCAGGUUAUGUGAUUGAACUGGGCUGCUUCAGCAGCUUGGAAAUAAAGUCUAUUAUAACAUCUUGUAUGUUCUAAUUUAAUCUCACCUUCUUCUAAAUCUAAGGCUCUGCAUUAAUGCAUUAAUUAUUUUCAAAGUUGGUUCAUAUUUCUUACAAAUUCAGAAUACAGUAUUUCAGAAUAACUAAUUUGGCUCCUGCCAUUUUAUUGAAAAUUAUAAGCAAGGUAUAUAAACAGGAGAUUGCCUGUAAAUUUUUCCGCAUCAGUCUUUGUGACCCUGGGUUCCAAAGAAGUUGGCUUUGAGGGGGGGCAGUGGGUGUUCCAUUCCAUUUUGUAAGAAGUUGAAUUUUCAUUUUUGCAAUAGUAUUAAGAGGACACUAUCUUUUCGUUCUGUUAUUGGGUGAAUGCUUAAGGGAGUGCAGUCAUGUGGCCACUUUCAAAGGAGAAUUGGAAGGUGGGAAGUGGUGCUCAGCCUUUCCUCUGCCUCCCUAAUCUUCCCUGCAGUCCUCCCCUCUCCCCCAGGUCUUCAUGUCCCAAUAUGAAUUUAUUUCCAAUCUCAGAAUUGGCUGGAGGAAACUGAAGAAAAACUACUGGAGGAAGAGAGAGCAGAGGAGAAUUGGCAGAAUUGUAGGGCAGUUUAAGCACUCGUUUCCCACCUGCCAAUUCUUAUCUGCAGAUGCCAUCUCACCUGUGCAUUAGUAUUAAAUGUAGUAACAUGUUUUUCCUCAAAAAAACUUAUCUGAGCUAGAUAGAUUAGUUGGCAUAAACAGGAGUUUUACUUGCAGUGCAAAUAGCAGGUGUGGGAGGCCAGAUCUAGAUCUAGAGGGCAAAUGGUUAAAAAAAAAACCCUCUACCAUUAAUCUGGAUCAACCCCCCCCCCCCCAAUGUCUGUUUACUUUUUGGAAAGUAUUCAUGCCAUUGUUAAUUGCAAGAAUGGUGUCUUGUCUAAAUUACCUAAGAGACAACUUCAAGUUAAUUUUAAAGCGAAUAAUGUUUGAAUAGGUCUAGAAGUAGUUUACAAGUGACUUUACAGAAAAGUUGUUGUUGUUGAUGGUGCCCAAUAAGAAACUGAGGGUGUGUACAUUUAUUUGCUUAGCUGUUUCUCUUGUAGUGUUGCUAAUUUUGUUGUUCCUGCCAUUGUGUGUUUGUUUUGUACAGUUUCUUAUAAAUGGAUGAAAUUUAUGAAACCAGAUUGCUUCUACAGUGUCUUACAUUAGCUGUCCUCUGGUUUUAACAUUAUAGAGUAGAGCUUUGUUAACCUCUAAGAAAGGCCAUAAUUCUUAAUAUCCUUUCUCAUUUCAAAAUACAGGAACACAUUCCAGUGUUUGCAGAAACAGUGGAUUGUAAUUUUUUUCUGUAUUGCAAGUGGGUCACAAAGGGUCUGUUUGGCAAUAAUUUGCCUGUUCUUCUAAAUACAGUAUAUUAUUGGCAUCAGCAGUUGUAGGCUUAUUGUUUUACAGCUCUGGAAGGCAGCAACACUUAAUGGGGAAAAGUACAGUUUGGGAAUAACCAACCUAAUCACCUUUUUUCCUACACAGAGAUUUUUUGGAUUUAAAACAGUUGGUUUACUUUUUGUGUAAGUCAUCAACUAACAAGAGGCCUUGUACAAAUAAUGGCAAAAAUCCAGCAUACAGUAUUGUAUGUACUUAAAUCAUAAUUUAUUUCAUUCUGUUUUAAGUACACUUGACAGCUCUUGAUUAACAGCCAGUGUAGAUAACCUGACCACCCAGUUCUCAAAAACGUUCUUGAAAAGGAGAAACUGUGUUGGCACAAGUAUUAGUUAAUGAGCUAUAAACCAGAGAAAAAAGCAGAAAUUGUCAUGUAGCCCAGGGUGAAAUAGAGAUACAAUGCUGAUUUUCCAUUAAUCCAUCAUGGGCAUUAACUCCCUCCCCCUACGUGAUGCUUUAUAUAAAUCUUCGUAUUUCCUUCUCAUCUAAAUAUUCAUUUAAGGUAUUUCUGAAAAAUAAUGUUUUUUAGAUUCUAAAACCACCCCAUCUUUUUAAGUAUUACUUCUUAGAAAUAAAUAAAAAGCAGCUAACUUCAGUUUUGCUACAUAAGAUAUACAUUCACAGAAGAAAACCUUUUUUACUUACCAUAACACUGCAGUCCUAUGCAUGGAGGUAUGGUAAGUCCCAGUAAAUAAAGUGGACUUGCUUCCGAUUUAAUUUGUGUCAGAUUAGGCUGCAGUUGUAUCUUUUUGAUAAUAUCAGUAGCAGAAUUAUGUGAAAAGUUUUUAUUAACUGAAUUGCACUACACACACCACUUUUACUGUUGGCUUCUAAAUCUUAUGUUGGUGCAUCCCUGUAACUUGUUCAAGCUCAGUCCUGUCCUAAUUAUUUAUACUUGGGAAAAGCUAGCAGAGAUAAUGUCAUUACACUGAGGGAAGAAAACCUAUUGCAUGUGUUUAUAAGCAGACUAACUAGUCUUUGUAUAUUAUAUUUACAUUUUAUACAUCUCAAAAUAAUUGUCUUAUGGCAUGCAAACUUUCCCCAUUUAUCUCCACUUUUCUCUGUGAAGUUAAUUUGUGAAUUCCAUGUGUAAUUUUUCAUGUGACGAUUAUAUAUGUGGCUUUCACAUAUGUACAGCAGGUCUAGGUAAAGGUAAAGGGACCCCUGACCAUUAGGUCUAGUGGUGGCCAACUCUGGGGUUGUGGCGCUCAUCUCGCUUUAUUGGCCAAGGGAGCCAGUGUACAGCUUCCGGGUCAUGUGGCCAGCAUGACUAAGCUGCUUCUGGCGAACCAGAGCAGCGCACGGAAACGCUGUUUACCUUCCCGCCGGAGUGGUACCUAUUUAUCUACUUGCACUUUGACAUGCUUUCAAACUGCUAGGUUGGCAGGAGCAGGGACCAAGCAACGGGAGCUCACCCCGUUGCGGGGAUUCAAACCGCCGACCUUCUGAUUGGCAAGUCCUAGGCUCUGUGGUGUAACCCACAGCGCCACCCGCGUCCCAUACAGCAGGUCUACAUGCACUGAAAAGCAGUGACCAGUAACAGCUUUCCAUGGGCACAUACAUGUAAGAAAAACCUGCAUAUAAAACAUCUUCUCUGAGUGUGUAACUUCAGCCUGUUUGAGUGCUAUGGUGCUUAGGUGUACUAAAACUAGCAAAUAUAGUAGUUAGAAUGGGAAAGUAUUUCUUUGUUGCAACCAUACAUAUUCAAAAUAAAGCAGCACUUACUCACAAAGAGCUAAAUGGGCAAUUAAUUUAACGCAUGAACAAUGCAAAAAUCCCUCUGAGUCAAAGAGAAUUCUUGCUUGAAAGCUUUGCGUGGACAGGCGGAGUCCCCCCAACCCCAGGCGACCCCCUAGCGGAAUAAUGACUCGACAGUGUGCUAUGGGAUUAAAAUUGGCCACAACUUUAUUAAGUUUCAGAUGUAGGGAGACCUUGGCUCAGGUAUUGGGCAUUUAUCCUUCCCAGUACCCAGCCGGGGAUCUGGGAAACAUCAGGGUUAUCCAGAAUGUGUGGGGAUUGGGCUGGCUCUGGAGCCAACUGAUGCUUCGCAGGUAAGAUUCACCUUCUGUUGUGUGGGCAGGGUGGUCCCUCCCACUGCCUGACCGAUCCCCUGGCAACGCCUCCCCAGGCGGGAUUGGGUGAUUGGCUGAGGUAGGCGGAGACCUCCAGGUAUCCAGCCUGGGGAGGGCGAAGCCAGCCCGUACUACCAGGAUCCGCACUGGGAUCCAGGGGGCUGCACAUGGCCAUGCAAAAGCCCCCCCCCAUUUGAUGUGGGGAGCGGUCAUUGUAGUCAGCUGGUUCAAACUUUUCUUUAACCCAGGAAGAUACUGAAGACAUUCAGGAAUGCUUCUGUGCAAACACCUUUACUCACUAAGUGACAGGACAACCACAGCAAACAGCAAACUUUUAAUUUGCUUAACCCUGCAAUCACGAUAGGCAUAUAACAAACAAUACCAGAAAUACUAGAACUGAUUUCUCAUCCCACUGGCAAUUAACCAUGCAUGUACAUAAUAUAAAAUUACCUUCUAUAAGAUGAUAAAAGCACAGAAAUAUUAUUCAGCUUCCUGGCAGAACAAGUUUCAGAUUCCUCAUAAUACCUCUCCACUGAGUGACUCUACCCUUCUGUCUGAACCAACCCAUUCAUGGUGCUUACAUUUUGAAUAGACAAAAUAAAUAUGAGGUUGAAGACCGGAACUGACAAAACAGUUCUGAGGCUAUAUUAAGGAACGGUUAAGAAAUCAGAAGUGCUGCUAUUUCAAGGAAGCCUUUACUAAAGAAUAGGGAAAGUGUAGAAAUUCAGUUCAGUUUGCAUUUAAAGGCAAAGCUACCCAGUUCACACUUUCCAAAACAGUAUGUGAACCUCAACACACUCAUAAAUUGAAAGUCAUGUUUUUCUGAAUUUUGUGAUGCUGAUGCUGUUCUUCAGCCAAAUAAUGCAUAUGUAUACUUGAGUAAAGGGCACAUAAAAUUCACAAUUAGUGAAAAUAAUGUACAAAAAUGGUUGAUAAUGGGGAUAAUUGAUUUAGAAAAUGCUGUAUAUUAGGAGAAAUUACCGUAUUUUUCGCUCUAUAGGACGCACUUUUUCCCCUCCAAAAAUGAAGGGGAAAUGUGUGUGCGUCCUAUGGAGCGAAUGCAGGCUUUCGCUGAAGCCUGGAGAGCGAGAGGGAUCGGUGCGCACCGACCCCUCUCGCUCUCCGGGCUUCAGGAAGCUAUCCGCAUACAUACAAUAAUGUGUAUACUAGGAGAAAGUCACACUAAAAUGCUGGUUACUUUUCAUGAGGACUGGGGGGGGGGAAUAGCAGAGUGAUGUGGAUAACUGAACUUAAGAUUGGAAAAAUGAGAAAUGGAGACAAACCAAACUUGUCAGCUUCACCCAUCCCUUCUGAAGAAACAGAUUUAAGGAAGAAUUUGAAAAGUGUAAAUAGGGAAGCUAUCCAGACAGAGUGAAACAGGAAAAUAAAGUUAGGGAUAGUGUGCCCAGUUUUGCCACUUGGGGCAAAGCGAGAAUUUUUGUUCUGGCACUGUGGUCAUGCACCCCACCAGCACCGGUCUGCAAUAAAGCAAAAGGAGCUCAUCUCUACUUCUAUUGUUGGAACAGUUUCACGUGAGCAAAAACUUUUUAAAAUAGCUUAACUUCUCUCUCUCUUUUCCAGCUUUGAAACUGAUCAAAAUGAAUGUACCAGUGUGGCAUUUCAGAGAAAGCAGAGCACCCCUCUCCCAGAGCUGCUAAAGGUCAGAUUUUUAUUUGCUAAUUUUAAAGGAGCCUUGAUUGAUUGAUUGAUUGAUUGAUUGAUUGAUUGAUUUGGUCUCUAAAGCCACAGUGGGCGCUGUGAUUCUCCAAUGGUUUGAUUUUUCCGCUCUUCCAUUGUCUCUCGAGACAGAUGGAUGCCAACAACAAUUAAAUAAGUAUGGAGAAGGCAGAGGAAACUGAACAUAUGUAUUUGUAAACAUAAGUUAUGAUAAGUCAUGGUUAAUGACUUAACAGGGUCAAGGAACAUGCUAGUGCAGAGAUUGCCAAACUUCUUGGACCAAUGGGCAUAUUUUGAAUUUUGAGAAAGUGCUGUGAUUGGCACUCAACAAAUUGCUGCCACAGGGGCAUGCCAUCAUACAGAUUUAUUGCUGCUUCACUCUGCUCUCUUAUAGCCUCACGUUUGCCAUGGGAAGUCACCUAUGUCCUUCUAGUCCUGACUGUGAAGAUCACACAAUACUGUCUUCAUAUCCACCCAUCCACCCCAAUACUGUGGCUGUCUAAUAAUAACAGGGAGCAUUCCCAAGUACCAGGGAAAAAUAUAGAAGGUGACCACAGCACACUGGUGCACACUGUCACACAGACACUCACUCAUAGAACACAUACUGGCCACAGGCAUUCCUCUUCCUCCUCCUCCUCCUCCUCCUCCUCCUCCUCCUUCUCUCUCUCUCUCUCUCUCUCUCUCUCUCUCAUACACACACACACACACACACACACACACACACACAAGCUUCACAUAUACACAGCCACACAUUUAUCUCUUCCCCUCUCACACCACAUGAUCUUGAAGCCAUGGUUAGUCUUGGCUUGUUGAUUGUGGUUUGUUGGGGAAAACAAAUUGGGAUCGCUGUUAAGACAUAACAAGCCAAAAAUUUUAUAAUUGUUGCUCCUGCCAGAGAGAAACAAUGCAGGAAUGAUUGGCUGGCAUACUUUAGCACACUGAGCGAUCCCAAUAAGCCAUUAAGCGUGACUUAUUGUUAUUGUGUGCAAAUGGGGUCAGAGAGUGCCGUUUAAAAAUAAGCCUGUUUAUACCAGAAACUGUUGCAACACUGUGGAACAGCAAAAAGCUAACAUUUAAAAACCUAGUAUUUAGGAAAGAGGCCAGGUGGAAGCUGACUGACUGAGUAGAGGGACAUGAGUAGAAAAUCCAGAAAUGGAUUAAAAUGCCUCUGUAUGUCCAAGGCCAUGACUUACUUAGUUGCAGAUAUUAGGGACAAUGAGAUUAAUAAAUGGUAAUUGCUUGACCCUUCAACUCACUCUGAUAAUUAAAUGUUAAUAUUGUCACAGGUUUCGCCAGUAUUCAAACUUGCAUUGUUUUUCAGGCAUAAAUGUUCAUUAAUCAAAUGGAUGAAGUUCAAAUUGCUUACCCUUAAAUCACAGGAUUUAACUAAAUUGUGUUCAAAGCACAUAAGGAAUUAGGAAUGGAUGUGCCAGCAGCCAUGCUGGUGCAGUUUUUCAAUAUUAGAAUCAGAGAAACAAUCAAUUUGGAGUAGAGGAGUUGUGGGUGUGCUGAUGUGCACAGCUGUGGUGCUACAAAAUAGCAUGCUAACCCAAACAGCAUCCUAUAUGGAGCAGGUCCAUCCUGCUGUUCUGCUUUAUCAGUUUAAGUAACUCAAUAUGACACAUUAUUUGUUAUGUUCCCAAGUAUUGUUUGUGCUGAUCUAUAUGGUUCAUUGGAGGCUUAAGGGCCUUUAAGAAUAUAUGUCAUCCACAGUUCACAAUACACCAUGUAUGCAUCCAUUUCUCAUGUUGCUGUUUUAUGUGAUGCCAUAAUAAUAAUAAUAAUAAUAAUAAUAAUAAUAAUAAAUUUUAUUUAUAUCCCGCCCUCCCCAGCCGAAGCCGGGCUCAGGGCGGCUAACAACAAUAAAAUAGUACAACAUUCUAAAAUCAUUUCAUUAUAAAAUUAAUUCAGAUCAAAUUGAUGGCAACCAUUGGGCUAGAAGUUCUGUGAGGAUUGCCAAAGGAGAGAGUCAGGCUGUGCCCUGGCCAAAGGCCUGGUGGAACAGCUCUGUCUUGCAGGCCCUGCGGAAAGAUGUCAAGUACCGCAGGGCCCUAAUCUCUUGUGACAGAGCGUUCCACCAGAUUGGAGCCACAGCCUAAAAAGCCCUGGCUCUAGUUGAGGCCAGCCUAACCUCUCUGUGGCCUGGGACCAUCAGGAUGUUUUUGUUUAAAGACCAUAAGGUCCUCCGUGGGCAGGUGACAGCAGUGCUUGUUCCUGGGUGAACGCCACUGGUACAGAUAACUGGUUCCUCUAAAGUUCCAACUUUCCCUUGUGAUGCUAUUGAAAAGAAAAAAAAAACCAUAACUGGCUGAGGCUUUGUGCAGAGUUGAUGGUGCUUGGUUCUGAAAACUUAUUUUGGUAAGAGGCUAUAAAUAUUUAGAAAAUAAUAACAACUCUUAGAAGUUUUGUAGCAGCUUGGGCGUGAUACCAGAUAAUCACCAGGGGAAGGAAAACCAUUAUUCUCUCUUAAUGUAAGUGGGGGCAGAAAAAAUAUAUUGGCCAACUAGGAAAAUAGUGCAUAAUUGCAGAUAUUCUAAAAACCUGAGGCAGAUAUUACUGAAGACCAUAUUUAUGAAUCUUCGUUUUGCCAUGCUACACAGGAGUUACUGAAAACAUAACAAAGCAAUUACAAUGCCCAUAUUUUUGUUUAAAAAAACUAGUGUCUUUGAAAAUAUUUUCAAACUGGUUACUUUCACAGAGAUUAAAGGUAAUUGUUUACCUCUGAUUUGAGGUUGAAUAUUCCCUCUUAUAUAACACCUUAGCUCAGGUAUAAACAUUUUAUUUGCUGAAACCAAAGUCUUGUCUUGGUUGUCUUACAACUUGACACUCCCCACUUGGCUAUUUUUAAAUAGCAUCCAGUAUGCUUGUUUCAGGUCUUAUUUCUUCAAAUAGAAACAGGUCUAAGAUACAGCCAUCAUUUCUUUGUGAAAGAAAGCUGCUGAACAACAUAAACCCAUACACUUGUGCAAAUAUGCUGCUACUUACAUGUUCAUUCCAGAAUGUACUGACCUCCUAAAGUGUUUCUUUUGUUAGAGUUCUGAAAUGUGUGGUUUGGAUGAUUUUAAAUGUAAGCAUGAUACAUGUCCACUACAGAGUAAAACGGAUAAAGGAUUAUAAUAAAUAGGGUGUAGAAAGAAAAUAGCUGCUAGUGCUGUUCUGUAACCAGUGUUGCACAAUAGCUUCUACAAGAGUGUAUGCGGUGUAAUAAUAUCCGUUGAUACUAAAAAGCUGUCUGAUUUCCCACCAUCACAAAAGCAGCCCUCGAGGCAUCUUUUCCCUUAAGCCUGCUGUAAGGAAGUUACGUUUCCACCACUGAUGGAAGCAGAAAGGAGUCUUGUCAGUAUGAGUCAUGUUACCGUGCAUUAGCCAAACUGCUAGCAUUAAAACAGUGUGUACUAUACAUGAAUGCACUUCAGUGCACUUAUAAGACAGUCUGUGAGUUUAAAUGGGCAGAGAUUUGGACUUAGAUAUGAGAGUCCAAGGUUCAAAUUCUUGUUCAGUCAUAAAGCUCCCUGAGUCACCAUCUCUCAGACUAAUCUUCUUUGUUGCCAACCUCUCAUAGGGUUGCUGCAAGGGAUAAACAAUAUAAUUUAGUUUCUCUCUCGUUGUUAUUAAUAAAAUACCUCUUUCCUUACAGAUUUCAGUCUGUGACAGUAAGAACCUCUCAACUGAAGAGCUGAGCAGAUCCACCACUCAGGAGGAAUUAAAGAAAGCUAAUAGCCUUCCUAGUUUAGUUCAUGAAGGCAAAAACGCCAGUAAUGACAGACAGCCCAAAGAAGGAUUUUUCCAAUAUCUUGGGAGUUUGUUUGGUAUUGCUUCAAAAUCAUCCUACAAAGAAACUGAACAUUCCAACCUUGGAGAUGGAUGUCACAGAACUGGCAAAGACUUUGCAAGUCCAGCUAGUCACCAGGAAGGUGGACAUGCAGACCACCCAAAACCAGAAAUAUUUGUCAUUUCAACACCUGGAGGUGACCAGACAGCAGCAAGCAAAGAGGAACAGGCUAACUUUGUUAAAAGCACCAGUUCUGGCUCACAGGAUUUACAGAAAGCACAGGAGCAAUCUGCUGAAGCAUCCAAGUAAGUUUUUUCAUUUGUCUCCGCACAACCUCAAGAGAAAGGUAUGCUCAGUAUUACAAAAUGUUUUAAGAUAUCCUUGGGACAUCCUUUUUCCAUUUCUGAAAGAUGCUUACAAGUGGCCACAAUAUUAGAAUGCUAUGGUAAUAAUGAGUUUUAAUGGGUUAGUAACCAUAACUGGAAUUUAAGGCACACCCUAGCUUCUCUUUUAAAUUUUCCAAUGAAAGUCACAAAAUGAUGUGAUCCUGAUUUGCAUGAUUAAAUCCUGGCUUCAUAAGCCACAAGGCAGAAUUAAGAAAUCAACUUCAAACCAAAGUUGACUUCUAAAUCUUGCCUUGUUUGGAAACCAUUGACUAUAGUUACAGAGAUAUUGUGGUGGCAAUCCAUUUAUCAAACUCCUCUAGGACUAUCAAACACUGCUAUUAUUCAUCUUUUGGCCAGGCAUUUGGAGAGGAUUGGCCAGACAUGGCCAACAGUAAAUGAGUUGGUUGUAAGUUUACUAUUGCUAUUACAUUGUAUUCUGAUAUUGUAUACUUUUAAAAUAAAAACACAAAUAAUGGGUAGUUAUAGUCUCCUGUGGAUGUUCACCUGAUGAGAGGAAGGAAGCAGCAGCAGCAAAGGGAUUGUGUAUUAGGGCCCAAAGGUAAUGCAUAUCAUUUGAUUGUGUGAAUGUAUCCAAGGUGUUGCUGGAUUCCUAAGCAUUCUUACCAGGGAGAUAGCUUUACUGAAUUCAACUGGACUUGCAGUACAAUAAUUAACUUGCUUACUUAAAGCUAGGUUUCUAUUUUAGAUCAUGUAGAUUAUUCCACAUAGGAAAUAUUGUUAAAAAAGUUUGCCUUUAUUCUAUUUUUUAAAGCAAUAAUAUUGUAGCAACAUCCGUGACAAAGAAAAACCUAACCAAAGAUCAUAUAAACAUAUAAGUAUAUAAUGUGAAAUACAAAUAUCUCCUAAAAACUAAACUUAAGUUUAGCUCAAGAAAUUCUCGGGCAGAUCAACCCAAAAGCCUGGGGAAGGAAGGUAAAGCUAGCCAAUUGUAUGCAAGUGCCAUAUUCAGAGCCCUGCAGAGGAAUAGCGGGUGGAGAAACAUUUAACCUUUUUUCCUCCUUGGAGUUUCAGGGUUUUUUUUUAAUGAACCAGCUCUAGAACUGGUGUGUCAUUCCCCCCGCCCCCCAUGGCCAUUUCAGGGAAGUGUUGGAACAGGAAGGGCUAUGGAGGUCCCCGUCUCCUGGGGCAGGCCUCUCUCUCCACUCCCAGAUAUUCUGUGUUCCCUGGGGCCACAGGACUGUGCAAUUUAAUUGUAGAAUAUUUAUGUUGUACUUACUUGUCAAAUUGCAUCCUUUCAAAACUAUUUUUUUAUUAGGUUUUGCAACUGCCCUUGAAAUGAACAAGAAACCAAUUCCUAAAGGGUAUGAGAGGAACAGUUACUUAAAUACCUGGGCGGGAUGGAAAAAAUAUAUCUGUGAGGCCAAGGUCAAGGGGAUGAAAGAAUCACCAUUGUCUCCACCUUGUUUUAUUUUGUUAAUUAUUGUAAAGUUCCAAGACUUUCAAUGUUUCCUUCUGCUUUUGACUUGGUGACUAGUAUUUUCCAUACUUUGCUGCUUUCUAGACUUGGAGAUUUUCCUGCAAUGAUUAAAAGAGGGGUUAUUUCAGGGGAGAGGAAUGAAAAGCCCAGAAUGUUAUAGGCAACAUAUUUAACUGCUUCGUUUUCUUGGAGAAUAUCAAAACAUUACAUCAAAAUUCCUGGGCAUAUUGGAAGUUGGAACCAUCUCACUAGUAUUUAGCCAAUUUAAAUGGUGUAUAAGAUGCAUAGAUGGUAAGUAAUUUAAAUCAGGGAUGCAAGGGGCGUUUGGCAAAUGAUGCAAAUAGUAUUCCUGAAAUGUAGAAGUUCUUGAAAACCAUUUUUGUUGUAUAUAGAAAGCAACAUUGAGAUUGUGAGUUCUCAAUUCUCUAAUGGCUUGCCUUAAAUGAAAGUGUUUUGCUUCUAUAAUCCAAACUUUUCCGAAAGAGUUUUGGCUAACUUUAGUGAAAUUGGAUCAGUGUUUUUUUUUUCCUGUUUAGUCCAUCUCUUGAAAACAUGAUAUUUAUAUCCUGCCGCACCCUGUGCAGCUAACUAUAGUUAAAACAUUAGGGAAGUACAGUUCUGAUCAUUUGAAUACGAAAACUAGUUUGGCAAGCUCACAUGCCACAUUAGUGUGUGAUUUAUGACUGGUUUUCAUGCCAUGCUGAUGACUGCGUAGCCCAAGUUAGUCUUAAUUUAUUCCGAAAGUUCAUGUAGCAUUCCUGUCAGUGCUGUGACAGAAGGAAAUGCUGUGCAAAUGCAAAUCAAACCCUUUCGCUGCAUUAUAGCGAAUAGAGAAAGUAGAGAGUGGUUAAGUAAAAAAAAACAGAUGGAAAUUCUAAUAGCCUGAGCAUUUCUAGUGUGUGAGAGCAAGGGAGAGAAAGAUGGAGCGUUAAGAGGAGUGACACAAGAUGGGCUGCAGAUGGAGGAGAAGAGAAAGAGAGCUGUCAGUAUAUGUGCGUGUUCUUUUUUACUGCACAAAACCAAAGUUAAGAGAUGUGAUUAUAGUAGAGCUGUAGGUUAUAAUUCUUGAGACAUAGGAAGAUGUUUUAUACUGAGUCGGGCCAUCGUUUCAUCCAGCUCAUACUCACUGCACCAACUGGCAGAUAACCACGAUUUUUCUCAGUCACCAGAGCAUGUGCUCUACCACUGAGCACGUGCCCCACCAUUUCAUUACCAUGGUGCGACGGGGGGUGGGGGAGAGACUAUAGCUUUUCUUUUAUGCUGUUGUCACUCAGAUGAAAGGCAAAUGUGGCAAUGCUUUUGUUUUAGUUAAUAUUGAGGUAUGAGGAGGUUCUUGUUUUGUUUGUUUACGGAGCAUUGGUGGUUCAGUGGAAGAAUUCUCGCCUGCCACAUGGGUGGUCCAGGUUCUUUUUCUGGCCAGUGCAACUUGCGCUUAUCUGGAAUAGCUCAGGUCUUAAUCUCAGGGUUAUGGGUGCGAGCCCUAUGUUGGGCGUUGCAGGAGUUGGGCUAGAUGAGCCUCAUGGUCCCUUGGAACUCUACAAUCCUGUGAUCCUAUAAGUUUGUAUCCUGUUUUUCAGUCCUCUAAGGAUCCUUAAUGCAACAUGUUUCUGUCCCUGGAAAGGAUCAUUUAGAAAAUGUCAGAAAACCUUUGGUCCUGGAGCUGAUGAAAGUGAAGCUAUUAUGAACAUAGGUGUUUGUAACAGGAGAUUUCAAAUAUUUAUUUCUACUAGCUUUUCAAAUUUAUUGGCAUAUUGCAUAUAGUAAUAUGCAAUAUGCCUCUCUGGGCAGCUCACAGCAUAUAUCGCCAGGGAUGGAUGGCACAGAGGGGAAAAAAGAUAGAAGGAUAAUCCUACACAAAUAUUAUUGUAGUUUUGGUUUUGUUAGUCUAGAUCAAUGGUUCCCAAUUAGGGGUCCAGGGACCCCUGGGGGUCUGUGGAACACACCCAGGGGGUCCACAGCCCCAUCCCUUGCCUCCUCUCAAACUAAAUUUUUGUCACUUUUGCUUGGUAAUAACACAAAUUUUAUGGUCUGUGUUUUUUGUAUACCUUUUGUAUACCUAAAAUCGUUUGCUUAUUAGGGGCUACCCCACAUCUUGUUCAAAAAAAUGCUUUGCAGAGGUAACUACCAUAGAGUUAUCAAAGUUUUCAAAAGCUUGGCUUUUGAAAAAUAGGAGGGUCCUCAGUAAUUAGCUAAUUGGGAAGCACUGGUCUAGAUAUUCUGUAGUCAGUGGCACAUCUCUUUAACAGCUAUGCCCUUGAAGUGCCCCCUGCCCCCACAACAGAACUCGAAAAUCCAGCUACUGUGUGAACCUUUGCAUUCGGAGGUUAAUUUUGUAACCCCUGUUGGAAAAGACUCUGUUUUCCAGGCUGUGAGCCAAGGAAGGUGGAAUUCAUGAGUUCAGCUUGCAGUACAUUGCAGGCGACAGAUGACAGCAUAUCCCUUGAGCAAACCCAGCCAGUUGAUUCAUUGAAGCAGUCACCCCUGACAAAUGUUUGACACUUUUUAUUAGCUGUUGUUAGUCCAAUGACUUAUUGUUUGAAAAACUGGACAGUAGCGAAAGUGUUUUGCAGAACACUUCUUAGAACAUAAUUCUUGGAAGAUGAGUAUUUAUGAUGGGUUACUUGCGAAGCAAGUUUAGUACCAUUUAAUUAUCUGAAUGUUUAAAGAAGUAAAAAUGUUUCCAGCCAAAUGCUAUUGUUCCCAUUUGUUAUAAAUGGGAAAUGUAAAUAUUUAAACAUUGCUCUAAACAUGACAUGUAUCUUGUAAUAACUCCUUUCUUAGAGGAACUUCAGGUGUUGCUAUAUGUUGCAAGGAUCCGGAAAUAUAAAUGGCUUGUGUACUGCUUUGCAAUGUACCGUAUUGGCCCGAAUAAAUGCCGCACCUGAAUAUAAGCCACACCUUUAAAAUUCAAGGGGAAAAAAGAAAAAAAGCCAAUACCUCAAUAUAAGCUGCUCCCUUAAAAUUCCGCAGGCACUCACACCCAUUCUGUUUUACCAUAUGUCUGUUUCAGCAGCGAUAUCGUAAGAGCCAUUUUUUUGUAAGGUCGUGAAUUUAAGUCACACUUUAACUUUUCAUGGUCGGAAUUUGGGAAAAAAGUGAGGCUUAUAUUCAGGCCAAUAUGGUAUGUAUGUAAUGAUAUGAAGUGGAACGUGUAAUAUCUGUUCCUCUGAAACUCUGUGUUGUGUUGUGUUGUGUUGUGUUGUGUUGUGUUGUGGUAUGGGUGUGCUACCAGCAAAAACAACAGUUCUGUGAACAUUUCUACCAGAAAUAUACAGGGGCUCCAUUUGAAACAUUAGAAAAAGGUGAGAAAAUAGCAAGUGUGAUCGGCUUGCACUUCCUGUAAUAACUUAAGUAUAAAGAAUAGGAAGUGUGAGCCAAUCACACUUCCUGUUCCCUGUGCGUAUUAUAACAAUCAAAGCUGCUCUCUUAUAGUACUGAUUGAUAAGCCAAAUGUGAAAUUAAAAUGUCUUGCACAUCCUAAUGAAAGGCAUGAAUCGCUAGAGAUAAGCGGACUGGUAUAAGAUUAAAAGUUCAGGUUUUGUAUUUUAUGCUUGCUUUCCACAAUUAAGUUUAGAGGUCAACUUUAACCAAGAGUCAGAGUCAUCAAAAUGCCAGCAUUAUGAAACAUCGGCCACUAAAUGAUCUUGUAUAAUGUUAUUCUUAUUCCCUCUGAACCAUUUGCUACAAAGGAAAUCUUGAUAAGGUUUCUUCUGUAAAUGUUAUCUAUCAGUAGCCAUUCCAUCUGGUUGCUGCAGGGGAAGAGAUAGGAGAGCACAGUCUUUUCCAUGGCCUGGCUGAAAUGCUAAUCCAGAAAUUUCUAUUUCUAUGGGCUGCUAAUUGAGUUUUAAAAAAACUCAUUAUGUGAUCUUAAACACCAUCACUUGGAAGAAAGUCCUAUUGGUUUCAGUAAAACUUGCUUUCAGGUAUUUUAUAUUUUGUGCAGACUGCUUAAAAUAUUUUGAUAAUUAAGCAGUAUAUAAUUCCUGUUAAAUAAAAUUAAAAUAUGAAAAAUCCAUAAAUAGGUUAAGAAAGACCUCUGAACUACUUUCUUACUUAAAGCCCAAGCCUUUAAGAAAAACAAAGAGCAACAGCAAUUCAUAGAUCACUGUGAAUGCCUGUAAAACAAGCAAUAAUUUAAUUAGGUUAUGCGUUACAUCAGCCCUUGAUUUCUUCAAUAAAUUAAGAUUAUAUUUAUAUUUAGGCAAUUUUCUAAAUGUCUGAAUAUAAAAUAUAACUGGAGAAGGACCGGCCAGUGAAAUAGUCAGAGAAGCUGUGGACUUUCUCUCCUAAAAUCAAGCUGGAUAAGUAUUGGUCACAGGGGUUUAGGUAUGACAAAUCCUGCCUCUCUGUCAUAGAUUAUUUGGCACCUCCUCUUCUUCAGCUGCUCUCUAUCAGCAGCCAUGCCAGUUGACGUACAGCAGAGGGAGAGAUGAAACAGCAGGGCCCACACCGUCAAGUGGAAGAGAAUAGCAGCCAUUUAGCUCCUGCUCUCCCUGAACUCUAGCUAUUCAAGCUGAUGUUUAUGAGAACUAUAAAAAAUGCAAAACUGCUGCUUGAGUCUCCUUGUUUUCUUCUAACCUCCCCAUCCCUUUUUCCUUUUGGAACAUGUCUUAAAAAUAAAAACAAGACAGGUUUACAAUAUGCAUACAACAGCUUAGUAAAUUUUAGGUGCUAUAAAACAAGACUGUGAUUAGCUGCAGAAAGUCUCAAAGCCCAUCUCUUCCAAUGUAUAAGGCUCAUUAACUGAACUUUUAACCGCCUCUUUUACAACAUACAGUUAGUUAUCUGUGAUCGCAUUGUACACAUAUGCACCUUGAUCCAGUUAGGUGACUGAGGAAGUACGUGUGCAUACCUGUUCUUUUCCCUGAUCCAGCACUGAAAGUUGUACAUGCAGAGCCAUUCCUAAAAAGCUAAAAUCCCCAAGCAGUUGUUAUGGCAGAGAAGUGUAGGACAGAAUCCACCCAAAUCCUUCUUCACCUUCUCCACCAAAUAAUAAUGAUUGGCAGGGCAUUUCUUUUCUUUUCUUUUCCAAGCCUCUGUGCCUGCUAGGUUGAAUCAGAGUCUUAACCUCAAAUCUUCAGCAUGUUUUUAUGUCAUGUGGUGUUUACUCACAGAAAUGAAGAUCUGUAUGGCUGCAUUUCACAGUAAUAGGCUGUGAUCCAGGAAAAUGUAUAAUGCAUGUGGAAACACGUUUUCACACAUGGAAGAGCUAUUUUCCUCAUGCAUGUGGUUUGCCCAAUGAAAAUCAAACAGUUUCCACAUUCACAAGCCACUUGUGUUCUAAUUGUCUACUUGUUCUCCUUUGUUCCUCAUACCCAGUUGUAUACAACUUAUGCACCCUUAUAGAGAUAUUUAAGUGGUUUAUUUUGUGCACGUAGUUUCCUGGGUCAUGUGCUAUAUUUACAGAUAAUCUAGUACAGUAGUUUGAAAGUUCGGUUCUGAAGGUUUCUCAUUUAACUAUGUCUUUAUUUUUUACUCUUUUUUUGAAGGCAUAGCAUCUUAUUCUAUUUAUAUCAAACUAUAUCUUUUGUUGGCUUAGGUAAUAAAUACAUUGUAAGUGAACAGUAUAUAUUCAAUAAACUCUAUGACUCAGAGCAUUUAUUACUGGCUUUUUGGCUACACCUAUUCUUUAGUACAAUUUUAAAGGUCAUUCAACAAUAACUGGAUGUAGGUUGCUAUGAAAUAUUCAACAAUGGUGCAUGGUUGUUCUGUUGUGAAGCAUCUGAGUCAGACAAUGUAGGCAGGGCUUUCUUCACGAUCAGGAUUUUCUUUCCCAUGUUGCAUUGUUGACUGCAUCAUUCAGGGCUGCCUUGGCAUAGCUUUGGCUAUGAAUUGUGCUGGAUGCUCAUUUCCCCCUGUAAACUAAUUUGCUCCUUCCCUGCUCGAGCUAAAUAGAAUUUGUCAAUCUGAACUUUAAAUUCUAUAAUUCCCUUUCUUGGUAGCUCAGAACAAUUGUACUUUUAUUAAAAUAGAUAAUAUAUUUACAGAGUGUGUUGAGCUGAUUAAGUUUAUGUGAUACUUUGCAGGUUGGUGGUGGCCAUGCCAGCAUUUCCAGCCCAAAGAUUAUGGUUCUUUUUUUCUUUUUCAUGUGCGCAUAGCACAUGUGGCUACAUUCUUCCUUAUCUCCAUGUGUAGUCUUCUCUAUUCUGGGCACUUUGAACAGCAGCUGCUGCUGGAAAUGGAAAGGAGAGAGGCAGUCCUUACUUCUUGUGGAUCAUUCACCUCCUCUAAUCCUUCACCCAAUCUUCUUCAGAUGGGCUUUUUUCUAUAAAUUAAUGUCUGUAGUCUACAAUUACUGUGCUACAGUAGAAGGCUGUAAUUUAGUGUAUCUGCUGGCAGUAUUGGUGAUUAAGCAAACGAGUAAAUGAGGAUGGAUGCUUCUCUGUACCUCACUGUAAGAAGUGCUGAGUAAUAAACAAGUAUAAAGAAACUUAGCACUCCAUGGUUUGGCCCUUGUCAAUACCAAUGGAGAAUUAUACUUUGCUUUCUAGGAAUCUCAGCAAUUUAAGUGCAUUGAUUUACUGUAAACGGAAUGAAAAAUGAGUCUAGAAUAAACUUUCUGGUCAUGGCAUUGUAGAUAUAUUUCGUGUACCUUAAAAUAAUAGUAGAAUAUUGGUUAUGAAUUGAAUCAUGAAUGCAAAAAUCUCUGGGAACAAUAAUAAAAACAAAAGGCUCAGUAUCUUUUUUUAAAAAACCAUGCCAUUUUAUAUAUAAUAAUCUCUUUCAAAUGUUGGCCUUUUCGUAUUGGUGCUGUGGCAUUCCACAGGGAAGGCAAAACCUUGGCCAUAGAAGACUUAAAUGUCUGGAGCAGCUCUGAAGUGGAUAGACAGAUGGUGCUGUUGGAAUAUAUAAUCUGCUUUCCCCCCCUCUGGAGACUAAGAAUGGCACCUGAAUAAUGUACUGAUAAUCUGUCCCUGCUGCAUUUGUAUUUCACCGAUUAGAAUUAACUGGGCUUUUAAACUGUAUGCACAAGAAGAAUGUCAUAUUUGCUUCAUAUCCCCUUGGUCUUAUAACACAUGUUUAGUCUUAUAAAAUUCAUUUUUUUCCUUGAGAGUGAGAGAUUAAAAGGCUUUAAUUCAUGUAUAAAAUGACAUUAACCCCACAGAUAACCUCUAAAGAUUACAUCCAGAUGGCAAGUAUACAUAGCAGAAAAGCACCAGUUUCUCUGUAGCCUUCAUAGAGCUGCUGAUUCACAUGACACUUCUAACAUGCCACAUGGGGCUCAUGAUGAGGUUUGACUUUGUUCUGAAGUGGCCAUCUGAUUGCUUCAGGCACAGCCAAAUUGUAGUUUAAUUUGCAGUGCUUCUGCUCUUGGGUUUACAGUGAUAUGGAGAGCCAUGCCACAGUCUGGUCACAAUGUGUAGUCCUCAAAUGAAUCCAACAUUCACUCCAAUUGCAGUAACUCUCUCUUUUACAUGUGGCACCAUUUCUCUCAGUUUCACAUCUAGUUGGAUCUCAGUUCAAAGACACUUGCUCGUCACCCAGUAACUUACUGAUGGCUUGCAUGUAUACAAUUAGCACCAAUGAUUAAAUACUAUAGACAGGACUUUUGUAUCACCUCAUACAAUAAUUUUGAAUAGAGUCUGUUUUUCCAUGAAUAAGUCAUUGAAUGAUACACUGAAGUGACAAGAUGCUGUGUAGCAUAUAUGUAUGUGUGAAUCAGUCCUGAGUUAAAUGGUAAAGGAAACAGGCCUUACUUACAGAUACACAGCCAUCAUAUACUUUUAAUUAAAAUUUUCAGUGGAUCAUAAAUGCACACGAACACAACAGACUGUAUCUGACAUUUGACGAAGUCCAAGUAUUCUACUUAUCUCCAGGAGGAAAGACUCAGAAGUGUUUCUGAGCUCUAAUGGUAGACCAUUACUUUAAAUCGCUUCAUGAAUCAGGUGGGGAACCUGAGGCCCUCCAAGUGUUGUUGGACUCCAGCUCCCAUCAGCCCCAGCCAGUAUGGCCAAUAGUCAGGAAUGUUGGAGGUUGUAGUCCAACUUCCAGAGAGCCACAGGUGCCCCGGCCCUGACAAGCAAUUAGGGUAACAUGAACGUUUUCAGAAAGAGACAGGCAAAUGGUACUUUUGAGGAUUUUGUUGAUCCUUUUAUAAUCUAAAACAAUGUAAAGUGGAUAAAGUGAACUGCUUUCAUCUGCAAACCUCAUCCAAGGGUGCAGAUCACUGUAGUUAGGACACAAUUAUUUGACAAAAAUAGCUUUACAUACAUGUUUCUGCCAGGGGUUGGACAUGAUGACCCACAAAGCCUUCUCCUCACUGGUACUAUGAGUCAAUAGCUAUUUAAAAAUCUCCACUAAUUACACCUGUAAUGGCAUAUAUAUAUUAUACAUUUGAGUAUUUUGACGGGUGGUGGUGGGAAAUAACUAUUAAUCAUGAUGGCUAUAAUUCCUUCAGUAUCAGAGGCAAUAAGUGGGAGAGAGCUAUUGCACUUUUGUCCUGUUUGUGGGUUUCCCAUAAGCAUCUGGUUGGCCCCUGUGAGAACAGGGCACUGGCCUAGAGUAGACUUUGGUCUGAUCCAGCAAGAUUCUUCAAAGUAGAAACAUUGCUUUAGAUUUUUGAAAUAAAAGAGACCAGUGCCUAUUGUACUAAUCUUUCUGUGUCUGUUUAAAAUUUCAUUUUAUAAAACUGAGUAUGCCUAGGAGCUUUUGCUAAUGUUCCAAUAAUGAUAUUUCUUCUGUUCCAGGAAAACAGAAUGUGAGCUGGGUGCACCUGCCGUUACUUAUGCAACAUAUCGAGGUUCUGCAAGAAUUAAGCAAUUGCUUAAGAAACAAGCGGAAUUGGAGCAAGAAAAACAAACCUCAACCAGCAUUAAUAGCACUACAGCCAAAAACAAAGAAAACAGGACUGUAAGCCUUCCAGACUCAGAAACUACUACAACAAAGAAAGAAUCUUCGUUGAAAACAAACUCGGGACCUAAGACUAACGAUGACACAAAGGAUUCACAAGCAAACGUAUUUUUGGCAGAAAUGGAUUUGGGGGGAAAUUCUCUGGAUGUCUUGGGCAAUUGUGAGCACAAAGAACUGAAGAACAAAAUUACCUCGUUGACAGAAAUGGAAACAAUCAAAAAUUGCAUUGAGGAACUGGUUUCUGUGAAACAUACAGCAGUUUCCAGCACACCAGAACUUAAUAGGAACCUUCUGUUGGAGCCAACACUGUUGCAAAAGAAAGCCAAUUUCAGUUGCCAGAAUAGAGAUGCUGUUAGUAUGAGUUCAGAAAAUAGCAGAUUGCUUGAAAAUAGGGAGGAGGUGUUAGGGGAAAUACAAAUGGAGAUUCAGUCAAUCAAUGCUACCACUGUUGGCUUUCAAAAAGGAAUGCAGUUUUGCGCUUUUUCUAACACAGAAACAAAAGAGACAAUGCAAGAGGAGUUUUUUUCACACCCCAAAGUAGACUUAGGUGAUAAUGAGCAACAGUUGCUAGAAAACAAAGGUCCCUGCAAUAGUUGGACUGAGGAUCAAUUCAAACUAAAAGCAGAGAACCAAACAUUGCAUUUGAAUAGUAUUAUAGGUAGGGGACAGGCAGUUAGCAGGGUAGAAAGUGAAACUGAAGAAUCACACCAAAAAGUGACAGAGCAGAACGAGAAAAACAUGCAGAUCAUUUCACCAGAUGGACACUUACCUCUCCAUGAACAAAAGGUUGGAGAAGAAUUGGAGUUGGUGUUGCAGGAUACAAAUUGCAAAAAAGGUGAUAUAUCAGCAGGAGUCGGUAUGCUUGCUUCAGUCCAAUCCAAAGAAAUGGUUCAAAAUGUAGAUAUAUUUGGCAAAAGCGAUCUAAAGUGUGAAGAGGCCACUGAGUCCAUGGUACUUACAGAUGUACAAAACAAUCAUAACUUCCCCAUGAUGUCUGAGAAUGGAACUAAUAAUUUUACCAUUGAUAAUUUGUAUGUGCCUGUGACACAAUUUGACCAUGUUAGAAUGACAGGUGCUUCUCCUAACGCAACUGAGGUAAACCAUGCCAACACAUCUUUGUUAGCUGCUGAAUAUGAAAAUGUGGUGUCUCGAGUGGCAUCAGCUGCCUUAGAAACAGGUGAUUCCAGCACUGAGGAGGCUGUGGGCACUAUGGAUGGUGCCCCUCUUAUCCUUGAGGCUAAAGAUGACAACUGCCAUAUUUCUGAGAGAGUUGAAGAUGAAACUCUGAUCGAAACAUUGACCGGUUUAGAUAGUCCUCUUCCUCUCGCUGAAGACAAAACCAAGCCCAUCAAAUUAGAGAAUUCAGAACUUAAAAGCAACACAGGCACUACUACAAUGGCCAAACCUAUUCCAUCACUUCUUAAAACUGCAGAAGUUGUGAUAUCUGCACAAAAAAAUGAUCCAUUAGUUGAUGAAAUAAAAAAUCAAACUGAAGCAAAAAUGGCUUAUGAAACUAAAGAGGACAUCACAAUAGUUCUAUCUCCUGCCUCUUCUUCUAAAGAGACAUGCUUCCCCGAGAUCUCUCCUCCUGUUGUGAAAUCAGAAGAAAACAGUUAUUUAUCAUUUCCUUCUUCUCCGUUAAGCAUCUUGGUCGGUAACUCUUUCAUCUCUGGAGAUAGCAAAAUCAUUUUGGACGCUGUGUCUAAACCUGUCCUUAAUUCUGAAGAUCACAGUUUGUUGGGGGCUUCUUUGGCUGAUAAACAGGAUUGCACUAACCAGUCUCUAAGUGAUUCUGCUGGGACUAUCAAUGGUAAAAUAUGUUGUUCUGCCUCUACAUGUGAAAAUAACCAAGUUAUCUCAAAGUCAGAGGACUGUGGACCUGGGAGCCUUCUUAUUGCUGCUGAAUCUGGGUGUGCAGGUCAAGAUCCUGGUACUUUUUUGGAAUCUGAAAGCAUUCCUGAAACUAAGCUUACCUUUGACACUGCUGAAAUUGCUGAUAGUAGAAGUGAGAUUUUACUGCGCUCUGAAGAAAUGAAGGAUAUGUCUGCCUCUUGCUUGGUAGACUCUAGAUCUAACCUGGCAAAAGAGGAUCUUCCUGUUUCUGCAUUUGAAAAUUUAUAUACUUUCAAGCCUGUGUCACCCAUUACUUGCUUUAAAGAUAGCUCAAAGCUUAGUUCUCCUGCCUGUGAAACAUCAGAUUUUGUUUUAGACAAGAAUCAUUCUCUUCCUAUUGAUUCUGAAGAAAAGAAGGGCAAGGUUUCACCUAAAUAUAAACCAAAUAGUCUACACUCUAAAUCAGUGUCAGAAGCAGAGUACCCAGUCCCAUUCUUGUCCCCAGUUGCCUGUGAUGUGGAAGCUACAGAACCUGUAAAGAUUGUACUAGGAAUGUCUUUCACUACACAGCAGAGAAAAGAGGAGCAAAGAACUUCAGGCCAGCUAAAUCUUCAUUACCUUGCUGCUGCUGCUGCUGCUGCUGCUGCUAAUUCUAAUUCGAACACCUUUGAAAUGGGUGAUCAAGCAAUUACAACUUUGUUUACAGAAUCAAGCAGUCAGUUUUCCGAGGAAGCACUGAAUGAUGUUGAAACAGGAAGGCAAGUACAAAUUAAAUCCCAAGACUUAACUGUUUUGCUCAAAAAGGCUGAUGAAAUAGUUGAUGCAGUUCUGCGUUUAGCCAUAGAAGAAAUAAGAUCAAAGCAAGCAGCUGGCGUCUGCCAGACUAAUGACAUUAAGGACAAUUUAUUAGGGCUCAGCCUUCAAAAAGAUCAGAAAAAUAGAAAAAUGCUGUCAGAAUCAAAAGAAAUGCAGUCAAGGAAUUCAUCAUUAAAGCAUUUUAAUGAGGGUUGUAUCAGAAAGCUUUCUGAAGUUAAAGCAAAAGACACACUUGGCACAAAUAUUAAAGAUGAAAAAAUACCAUUUGACAUUACAGAUAAAAUUGACCUACAUAGUUCAAUAGCACUAAAAGCAAAAGAAAUAAUUGAUGAUGUUAUUAAUGCAGCCAUACGAAAAGUGACAUAUAAUCAGCAUGAGGACCAUCUGAGCAAUGGCAUUCUUCAAAAUUCAGCCCUUAAGUCCAACAUUGAAGCAUCAAAGAAGCUUACUACUGAUACUGAAUUAACAGCUAAACUUCCCAAAAUAACUGAAGAACCUUUAAGUUUAAGUCCAAUAUAUGGAACUUCAGUAUGCAAUAUAAUCAAUGAAGGUAAAGUAGCAAACUCCUCAGCAUCUUUGUAUAUUUAUAUUAAAGAUGACCACAAAGAAAUAACAGGUGGAGAACAGAAAAAUGAAAAUGACUGGUCUGAUCCUACAUCUACACUAGAAUGCAGCCCUCCUAUAGUCAAUGGCAAAAACAGUAAACAUGUCAAUUGUACUAUGGGCAUGACAGAUGCCAGUGAGGAAACAAAGUGGACAAUUGAUGAUGAAUCUGAAUAUUCCUCAUAUUCAAUAAAUGAAGAAACUGUAAUGGAUAAAGUGCAUUUGCCACCAUUUGGACCUUUAGAUUCACUUGGAAAUAAUCUAGGGAAGAAUCUGCCUGAAUAUGUUUUUAAAGAGGGUGACUCUGCAGAAGUUGUAAGAGAGGAACCAAGUGAAAAAUAUUAUGAAAUAGAAAGUGAAAAGGUCUGUGGUAAAAUGACGAAAGCUUACCCAGUGCCACAGAAUGCUUAUAAAUUUGGCACCCAGUUCAAUAUGUCUGAACGAUCUGUAAUGAACAGCUCAGCAAAGAUGGGCUUGAACUCAGAUUUUUUCUUUAAGGAAGAAGCCGUCGUUGAGACAGGUUUAACAGCGCUCAAGGAAUAUUAUCUGGAUGUUGAUGAUGAUUGUGGAAAUGGAGAGAAAUCCCCCAAGUUAUUUGCUUCUUCUCCACCAGAAGAGUUGGACAGCAGUUCUUUCACCAUAUUGUAUGAAGGUGCUCUUCAAGAUGAAAGCUAUUUCUUUUCAACAGAAGAACCAGAUCACCCCUUAUCAUCCCCUCCUGACCAUUCCCUGGAUAAUAAUCAACAUUAUCUUAUGUGUGAAACUGUAAAAGGCAAACUUGAGUCUGUCCACCCUUGUGAACAGAGCAACCAAUUAAACAAUCUUUCUUCAGAAGCAUUUGUGACAGUGGAAGCAAAGCGAUUCAGUGUUUACCCUUUCUCUUUGUCUCCUAUAUAUGAAGAUGACUGUUCUCAAGAGGACUUGCUGUCCGCUGAUGUCUCACCAGAAGGUAAUCCCAUUGAAAGAGCCAACCAAUCCUUAUCAGUCUUAUCACUUCUUCGGUCAGUGUCUGAACGGUUAAGAUCUAGCAGCCAGUGUAAUGAAGAAGAGGAAGAGAAUAUUUGUGAAGAAAACAAACUAGAGGAUGAAAAAGAAGCCUAUCUUUCCAGUCAGGGGCCAAACAGCUUGUGCACAGCAGUCCCAGAAAACAGUCAUGAGAGGAGAUACUCACGUUUUCUUUCUAAGGAGGCACUUAAUGCAGAAGAGACCUUAUCUUUAAGUUCAAUGCCUUCAGCUCAGCUUUUACAAAAAUCUGAUCGUGACAUAAGUUCUUCUUCAAAGAGUAUAUACUAUGAAAGUCUGCAGAGUUCAAGAACUUAUUCUAGCGAGAAGGGAACUCGAUUUAGGAGUGUUUUGGUGCCAAAGGACCAGCAGCCUGAAAGAAGUGGCUUGCAAAAACCAGCAGCUUUUCAAGUGGUAAGGUGCUUUUCAUUAAUUUUAUAUGUGUAACGAAACUAUUAAAUGAGCAUAGUGGGGUGGGGUUGUAGGUGUACAUACACACAUACAUUUAGAGUAUCCUAUUACAUGUAUUUGUAUGAGCGUGUUCAUGUUUUAAUUGUGCCAGAUAUUUCAGUUUUGGUUUUGUUACUAACACAGUUAUUGUUGAGGUUAUGUUCACGUAAUAAUUAAGCCGAGGCAAUAGGCAUAAACACCAAUCUUUGGGAUAAACACAUUGUGGAGAGAGAGGAUUUCUUAUAUUCAUGGGCUAUUGUCUGGGGGCAGUUUACAGACAUAGUGUGGAAAACUACAUUCUUUCAGUUCACCCAGUGUAGAGGGGAAUCACAGUACACUAGCCAGGUGAAAAGAAAGAUGAUGAAUUUCACUUAGCAGAAAUGCGAAGUAGAACACUCAUCUCUUUCUUGCCUGUUCUUCCCCAGCAAGGUGAGGUAGGGUGAGGGAAGGAAACUUCAUGCAUGAAUCUUAAAAUAAGGGUAAGAAUAUAUUGGCACAUAUGUUUAUGUUUCCAUGUGUGCUGCACCAAAGACUAUGAGGACCCCUCAUCUUCUAUUGAAUAAUAUGAGGAAAGUGUUUUGUAUUAACAUAAAGAGCCACACAGGUCAGGAAUCAUAGACUUACUAAUGUUUAAUCAACAUUAGCUCCAGACACUUUUAUGACCAUUUUUAAUGAUGUCUCAAAAGUUCAUUCUUUCUUAGGGCAUCACCCAUGUUUGUGCUGAAAGCUUUACGAUCAGGUUUUUAUUUGAUAUACCAAUCUUGUAUUUUCAAACACUUGUAAUAAGUUUCCACUCAAGCUUGUCAGUACUGAUUUUCACCACUAAUGAAAAAUAUUACUAUUUAAUUUAACAGAAAAUGCACAGACAGUUGCUCCACAUCCACCUACUGGAUACUUGAUGACCCUUGUAACAUAUGGGUAUCCAGUGCAGAUGUUUUAGCAGAGUGUUCGCACGACAUUGAUUAUUUGCCCUCUUCAGCAGUGUGUCUGCUGCAUUGUGCAGUAGCUGUAGCAUCUGGACCAGAGCGCAUUGCAGUAUCAAGGCUAUCAGUGAUUACAGUGGCUGGGCUAUUCUGUAUUCCAGAUACAGGCAUAGCUGGCAUACCGUAUAAACCUGGUAAAAGGCACUCUAAUCUUCAGAGGACACUUUUGCCUCUAAGGACCAAGAUGUACCCUAAGCUAUGUACCUGCUCCUUCAGAGGGAGUGCAACCCCAUAUGGAACAGGCAGUUGGCGUAUCUUACAAACACAGGAGCCACCUACCCCCAGAGGCUUUACCUUCCCAGGAGUCAAACUCAUCCAGUCUAAUCUUGCAUUCUUCCGCUGGCUAGCACAGCCACACACCUGAUUCAGAUGCUGUGGAGAAAUAGAUCUGUGUGUCAUCCAUAGAUGUAACCCCAGAGAGCAAGUCCAAGGGGGCCAAGGAACAUGUUCUUAAAUCUACUCUCUGGUGUCGAUUGCACAGUUAUGAAUAGAACCAAUGUAACAUAGGGCCUCUGAUACCUAUUCAGGAGGAUACAAUGGUCAAUACAGUGGUACCUCUGGUUACGAACUUAAUUUGUUCCGGAGGUCUGUUCUUAAGCUGAAACCAUUCUUAUCCUGAGGCGUGCUUUUGCUAAUGGCGCCUCCCGCUCACAUCCUGGGGCAAAGUUCGCAACCAGGAGCAACUACUUCCAGGUUAGCGGAGCUCGUAACCCAAAGCUUGCAUAACCAGAAGCGUUCGUAACCAGAGGUACCACUGUAGUAUCAAAAGCCACUGAGAGUAAGAGCAACAGGGUCACACUCCCCCUGACCCUCUCUCAAUAAACCUAAUCCUUGAGUCAGCCAAGGGCAAUUAACUUCUAAAACCAGGCCUGAGCCCAAUUGACGUGGAUCCAGAUAAUCUGUGUCAUCUAGGACCACUUGCAGUUGCUCUGCCACUGUCCUCUGCACUACCUAACCCUGAAAAAGGGGUAUUUGUAACUGGUCAGUAGUUAUUACACACCAUUCAAGUCCCACAGCAUUUGGAAGCCAUGAGGAUAGCUAUCCCUACCUUAAAGUCAUACUGCUUAAAAAUAUCUAUUGUUGGUUCAUUAUAGCACUUAAAUAAUUAUUUCCUCGUUUCACUUUCAGUGUCUUGUUGGCAGGGAAGGACUCAAAUGCAAUCAAAGACCAGGGAAAGUGAGUAUGACCUUUUCAUCGUAUAAGCAAGUAUGAGAUAUUGACUGUUUUGCCAUGUACAUUUGAGUGAAGCAAUGGAAAGUAGAUAGAUAGAUUAGGUAGGUAGACAGAUUCUGCAUUUUCCUUGGAUGUAAUUAAGAUGAUUGGCUGCUAGAUUCUACUUUUUCCUUGAAUGUAGUUGUUGGCUGGAGCAAACAACUAAUAAAAACUUUGAUUAGUUAAUUUAAUAUGAAAAGUAUAAUCCAACUUUCACUGAUUUUGCUCCAUUUAAACCAGUGAUAAUAUACUAAUGUAAAUGAUUUGUGGAUGACCCGUUUGAUUUUUUAAUUGGGUGAAGACUGCAGUCCUAUAUACUUUGAAGCAAGUCCCAUGAAGUAAACAUGACAAAGACCUUAAAGCCUUUAUAAAACUAAACACAACAAGCAGAAUAUUUGUUAUAUAUGGGAAACUGAAUUUGCUAGUGUUUCCUUAACACCAUCGCAUGUCAUUUCAGAUGGUUAUUUGUGAUGUUCACGGCAACACAAUUGAAAUUUACCAUGAUGUGGUAGAUGCUACAGCCUGGGUGUUUUCAAAAGAAGCACUGAUCAGAGUUGUCAGAGGAUGGUAAGGAACAUGCACUUUAUGGGUGAAGUGGCUGUUAUUUAUGUACCUGAUUUUAGUGAAGAUAAAUAAGUGUGCAAAAGUUAACAUAUAUUGUAGUUAAUUGUCAUCCUAUAAUGAAAUUAAUAUUUUAAUGAACACUUGCUGUUUUUCCAUUGUUUGAAUAAGUACAGUUUUGUGGAUUUGAUAGAGAAAUAAAUAAAAAUACAAAUUUAUCAGUUAAGGCGGGGAUAGCCAACCUGUGGCCCUCCAUAUAUUGUUGAUUUCCAGCUCCCACACACCAGCCACAUGCCCAUAGCCAGGGAUAAUGGGAGUUACAGUCCAGCAAUAUUUGGAGGGCCGCAAGUUUCCCUAAUUUAAGGGAAUGUUCAGUUUUGAAUGCUCGGUUUUUGAAAAAUGUUAAUCUGAAAUUUAAAAAUAUGUCUUAUCUGAACUGUAUAAAAUACUGUUACAUUUCUAUUGCAAAGAAGAUAAAGUAAACAAGUGUAUGCUAAGUUAUAGAACAUCAUAUUUGAGGCAUGUGAAUAUAUUUGGGAAUUUUGGGAAAAAAAUUGUGGGUUCAUGUGCAGGAAAAUGGUUUAGGGUACAGUGGUCGCUCGGGUUGCGAACGUGAUCUGUGUGGGAGGCACGUUCGCAACCCGCAGUGCCGAGACUGCACAUGCGCGGGUCGCAAUUUGGUGCUCAUGCGCAAAGUGCGAUUUAGUGCUUCUGCACAUGUGCCAAAACCUGGAAGUAACCCGUUCCGGUACUUCCAGGUUCGGCGUGGUACGCAACCCAAAAACGCACAACCUGAAGCGUCUGUAACCCGAGGUAUGACUGUAUCCAGGUACACCUUUGAAACAUAAUAAAAGAAAUAGUAUACUGAAUAACAAGUGGUGGAAGCGUCAUAAAGAAAUGUGUAUUUAUUUCCAUUUUUGAUGAUUUUGUAAGUUUACUAAGCAAUAGAAAUGAUUACUUGUAAGACACCCAUAUUGGUUCUUCUAUUUUAUUUUAUUUUUACUUUUACUAAAAAAUGUUUGUCUGGCUCCACCCACUGCAGGGAUGUGGGCUCUGAAAGCUUUCCACUGAAGUAAUGUGGCCCACAGUCUGAAAAAAGUUCCCAACCCAUCUUACAUGAUUAUAGCUACAAGACUAUAUCUUCCUAAGCUUUGGAAAACAGUAUCUGUUCUUCAUAUUGCUGAAUAUGAAGCUGAAUUGUAUUGAUACACAUAAUGAUGAAAUUAACCAAGUACAUUAGACUAAAAAAUCAACAACACAAACAACAUUUUUAUUGGCUUAUGCCAAAGUAAGGCAUAUUUUCCAAAGUUAUAAAUCAUAUAAAUAUUCUUUAAAAGGUAUAAACUAUAAAAGAAGGGCCAUAGCUCAGUGAUAGAGUACAUGCUUUGCAUGCAAGAAGUUCCAGAUUAAAUCCUAGGAAUACCCUGUCUGUAACCCUGGGUUGCUGCUGCCAAUAAACAAUACUCUGUGAAUAAUAAUACUUAGUAAAUAAUAUUGAAUUAGAAAGACAAGUGGUCCAAUUCAAUAUUAGGCAACUUCCUGUGUUCUUUCCAUUUGAAAAACUGAAUUUGUGAUACUGAAUGUGUUAUUUUAUACUAACAAUGAAAUUGAAAUUAAAAAGAAAGACAUACUUGCAUGAUUCCUUUACAUAGCAUCAUUGCAUUGAGAGUUGUUAGUGGAGUUGUUAAAAAAUGGAGCAUUAAAUGCUUCCCCAAAUUAUCACUUUGUUAAACAGUAGUUGUUUGGGGACUGGGGAGGAUCCACAUCUUCCCCUAAAGUAGUGUUUGUUUGGUAAAGAAAGCUCCUGGAAAAAAUGUGACUUGGAGUGCUACAUGAAACUCAUGAGCAUUAUGGAAACAUCUCGGAUAUUUCCUGUGGCAUCAGUAGUGACAAGCAAUCCCACUCCAGGGCCGUGCACCAUUUGGAAACUUUUAAUGUUGAAUGUUUCCCCUGCAUUUUAUCAGACUUUGGAGACUGUGUCUAUUUAUAGAUGUCCACCCCUCAUGAUGACAAGCACUUUGCUAAUGUAUAUUACUUGCAAACCAUGUUAGAAAUAGUUUGUACCAUCUCCAGAAGGAUUUCUAAUUGCACAAAUUUCAGAUGACAAUUUAUAAAGCUCAGUUUAUAAAGUAGCCUCCGAGUCAGUAGUGGUUGGCAGGACUUUGCUCACCUACCUCCCCAACAGAGUGUUGCUGCUGGAUCCUGAGAGGGGGAGAGGGGAGUCACAGGGAUGCAAUGCAAGGUUCCUGCCAGUGCAUCUACACCGCACAGAGCUUCCCCUGUCUCACCCUUCCCCCUCUCAGGAACUGGCAGACACACUCAGCGUUGGGAAGGCGGGUGAGCCACCCUGCUCUGCCUGUGCCACCCUGCUGACCACUGUUGCUCUAUGUGUGUAUGUGUUUCAGCAUACAGUCAUACCUUGGUUUUUGAACAGCUUAGUUAUUGAAUGUUUUGGCUCCCGAACGCCACAAACCCAGAAAUGACUGCUUGCGAACUAUUUUUGGAAAUCGAAUGUCUGGCAGGGCUUCUGCGGCUUCUGAUUGGAUGCAGCCAAUCAGAAGCCACGCUUUGGUUUCCAAACAUUUUGGAAGUCGAACGGACUUCCGGAACGGAUUCUGUUCAACUUCCAAAAUACAACUGUAUAUGGUAAAGAAAUAAUACAAUUUGUAAUAGAAUUAACCAUGCUUCUUACUAGUAUUGGUGCUAUGUUAGCUACCUCUUGGUAGCAUGUUUACAAUGUUGUGCUUAUUUUUUAAUAUAGCUGGAUUAUGUAUGAGAAACCAGGAUUCCUGGGUGAGAAAUAUGUUCUAGAAGAAGGAGAGGAGAUGCUGCAUGAUCUAUUGAAUCCUCACAAUGAGAAACAUCAAAAGAACUUCAGAGUUGGUUCAAUCAGACAAGUAGUGAAGGUGAGUACUCACUGUGAGAAACAGAUUCUACUGGCAAUGACAGUAGAGUCCAUUUUACUCCUCUCUGCUCCCGUCCACCACCAACUGUUAAUUCCUUUAUUUUGGUUUAGGUCACAUCCACACCAUGCGCUUAAAGUCAUGUCUUUCCACCAAAGAAUACUGGGGUUUGUUUUAAAGAGGGUGAGAGUUGUUAGGAGACUCCCCACAGUGCAACAGGUCCCAGCACCCUUAACAAAAGUACAUUUCCCAGAAUUCUUUGGGGGAAGCCAUGACUGUUAACAUGUUCUAAAUGUAUGGUGCAGAUGGCAUACCUUUUAGAGAAGACUCAGAACUUCAGAUACCUUUCUCAAUCUUUCUUAAUGCUGCACCUCAGACUUCCCUUUCCAUAUUGCCCAUGUUAGGCAUCUGCAAAUGCAGUCGCUUUUUUGAAAGUUGGUAUUUUAUAGUGUUUAUUCUCAUCACAGUCAUAUCCAACAGCUCUUUAAAAAAUAACCUGGAUAUAGCUCAGGGCACUGAAGCAACAAUGGUGCCCCACCAUUGUCAGUACUCCUCUCUGCUGUGUACCAUUCUUAACCUCCUGUUUGAAGCAUGAAACAUGGAACCAUGUUUUAUGGGAUGUAAAUAAAUACAGUCAAGGAAUGCACAGCUCAUACAGUCAUGUUUGUUUUUGUUAUCUGAUGUGUUCUGCAGGAUUGCAGUGUUCCUGAGAUUGAGCUUUACCCACAAGAUAGCACAGAUCAUGUUCCUGUCUGCAUCCAGAGUGCAGUUGCUAAUUUAGAAGAACUGGAAGUCAAACCACAUACCCUUUUUGUGAAAGCAGGAGUGUGAGUGCAGGUUCCAUUAUAUAUCCAUCAGUUUGUGAACCUAUAAAAACAUGUAAAAUGUCAGCAAUCAACAGUUGCUGGCUGUUUCUAAGGUGAAACGAAGAAACAAAAAAAUGGGGUGUUUCAGAAAGCAGCAGUAAUUUCCAAUUUAUAGCAAAGGUUAUUAUUUUGCUUAUACUCUCUAGGGGGAAAAAACCCUCAUAAGUUUAGAUUACAUUUUAAUUUAACAGGGGCUUGCACCCAAACAGGCAUUGUCCUGUUUUUAAAAUAACUGCUUUUCUAAAGACAAUUUCUGUUGCCAUCAGUGUAAAAUAAACAGAUUUGGCUAAAAUUAAUUCUGUUUGCUAAAAUUUCCCUGUAUUCAGUACAACUAUGGCUGCACCAAAUCUUCAUAUAGCAUACAAUGUGCCACAACAGUCAACUAAGCACUCUGAAAUGUUCUUCCCAUCAUUUUUUUGCAUUUGUUUUUUUAAACCUAGUCAUUGCCCCUCUUGAUAGCUGCUGCUGCAUCAUUUUUCAUUUAAAAUGAACAUUUUCUGGCAAGGAUCACUUUUACAGCACAUAUCCAAUUGGAUAUUAUUUUACAAAGUCAGUUCAGAAUGAAGGCAAUGGAUUUGGGGAAGGAGGAAGUGCUGCAGAAACGUUUGGUCCUGUUUGCGGCCUGCCUCCAAAUCACUGAGAGAGGACAUAUUUGCAAGUCACCUCCACUUUCAGCUCAGCCUUAAAUACAACUGUCAUGUUGUCUAAAGCCAUUGCUUUCAUUAUUAUUUUUAUUCUGCUAUUUUGUAAAUGCUAUUGCUUUAUUAUUGUUACCCUUAAAAGAAGAAGAAAUAAAAUCUGCCUUGGAAUCUUUAGAAGGGGACAACUGGCCUUUGGAUCCCGUCAAAAUUCCCAGCUCUCUUUUUCAGCUAUUUGAAUUUCUGUGUUAAAACUUCAAGCCGUAAAGUAGCCUAACUAUACACAGAAUCAUGGUUACCUCGGUUUUCGAACGUAAUCUGUUCCGGAAGACCAUUCGAGUUCUGAAAUAUUAGAAAACUGAAAACUCAAAACGGAAGCCUCAAAACAGAAAUCUAAAUACAGAAGCCGCAUUUCCUGUUUGACUUCCAAGGCACAUUCGAAAACUGAAGCAUUUCUUACCAGGUUUUUGGCGUUCAAGUUCUGAAAUGUUUGUCAGUGGAGACGUUCAGAAACCGAGGUACCACUGUAUAUUUCUAAAUGGUCAACUAUUUACAGCAGUUAUGCUGUUGAGUGGAUGGAGAGGAGAGGAGAGGAGACAAUUAAAAGGCAAUAUGGUAGCCUUCUUAAAAUAUAUGAAGGGCUAUCACAUAAAUGAUGUAGGAGCUUUGUUUUCUGUUGCUGCAGAAGAUCGGACCUGAAGCAAUGGGUUCAACUAGUAAGAAAAAUCAUUCAUACUAAGCAAUUAGGAUGGGAAAUCCUGAUGGUAUGAGCAGUUUGACCAUGGAACAGACUGUUCCAGGAAGAGGUUUUUAAGCAGAGGCUGGAUGGGAACCUUUAUGGGAUUCUGUACUAGUGAGCUUCCUGCACUGAAAGGGAGUUAGACUGGAUGGCAUUUAGAGUCCCUUCCAGCUCUCUCAUUAUGUAAUUAUUUUCUGAUGCUAGUAGUCAAAAUAGGGCAUUGGGCAUUAUCCAGUGUGUUCAGGGGCAAUACACCUCCUGAAUUAAGUAACAGGAUGAGUGUUGUUUUCCUUCGUGCUUUUCUUAUGGGCUUCCCAGAGGCAUCUGACUAGCCAUUGCUGGAGACAGAAUGCUGGGCUAGAUAAUUCUGCUGGAUCAGAUGAAAGGUUCAUUUUUAUUAAUUAAAUUGCACAUGAAUCAGCACUGUUGAUUACUUUAAUUGGGUUAAUCAGCCACUUUCUCCUCACUCUAAUAGAUGGCUUGCCUAUUCAGACAUUAAUUACAAAGGAGAGGUGAUGGUUUUGGAAGAAAACCACAGCCCAUGUGAAAUUUCAGCAGCUGAUGUAAAAUCUCUUCAUCCGUUGAAAAUGGUGAGGCAGUAGUAGUUUUUCAACCGAUUAUACACCAAUCCAUCCACUUCUGCAACAAUCGUGCAUCUAAAUCAGAAUCUAUUUUCAUGUCUGAGCACCCACAUUGACUGAGAUCACCCAGGGCACAGAUCUGAUUCAGUACACCAUCUUCUGAGUCUUGAAACAAGCAAAGAAUUAGCCUUUUGGUUAAUAAUUUCUCUAGAUUAGACUUGACAUAAGGCAUUCUGUUUGCCUGGUGCUCCUAAAAUGAUCAGAACUAGAUUAGAAUAGACUUAUAAAGUAUUUAUUCAGAUUAACCAUUUUAAAAGAAAAUAAGAUUCUAGUACCUAGUAGUUACUGCAAAAAUCUGCACUAUAAAGGAUCAUAAUAGCCUAUGUUUGCCUUGAUUGGAUGUGAUGAUAGGUGGAGUGGGAUAUAAUCUGUUCUUAACAUUACCACGAAGUUUCCAAAAAUGAAAUUGCUGUUGUGUGAAUGAAAUUAGAUACGUAUAAAGUUGGUUUUGGAUUCAUAGAAAUCUAACUCUUUAUAUGCCCUAUGAAAAUUUUUGCCACUGUCAGCAGCCAUCUCCCCUCAAAACCUGCCAAAGAUAGGAGUCCCUUUUGGAGGAAGUAAAGAUGUUCAGGCCAUGUGAAUACUGUCUUUCUUCAUAUCCGCACGUUGAAGAAUUCCUAAUUCUUCUGGAACAAUCAAGCACUCAUAAAUGUGUUUCAUAUUCUGGAAUCAAUAUUUAGUGCCCUUUUAAAAGGCAUGUUGAUGAUAUCAACAGUGAGAGGAAUAAAAAAAUGUUUUAUCCACUCUGAGCAUGGAGCUCUAAUUAAUAUUUUUUUUAUUUGUUUGUUUAUAUAAAGGGAUUAUAGACCAUCCUUCAGCAAAUUUUGAGGGCGGUUUGCAAUAGCACUUAUUCAUAUUUGCAUAGAACUAAUGGAACUGAAAAAUGCAUUUGGAUUUUACAUACCUGAUUGUUUGUUAUUUUGUUUUACACUAUAGGGUGGCCUGAAGGUUCAGAUGCCUACGAACAUUAAGGUAAGUAUGGAUUCUGGCAACAGUAAACUAAUCUGUUUUUAAAGGCCUUCAAGAUCAUAGAAUCCUAGAACUUAAGGGAUGUCACUUAUGCCUAACUUUGCUAUUCCCUUCUUAAAACUAUGGGAUUGAGUCUAAAGGUGCCCUCCCACAAAUGGGAGAGCUUUUUCCAUUCACAGAUGUGACAGUGAGCUAGCGGAGGCUCCCAGUUGAGAGAGGUUCAGGGAGAUGAUUUUUGCCAUUUUCUUCCUUUCCCUCUGCAGUUCCUGCACCAUCUCCCACCCGAUUCUAGAGGGGCCCAAAAUUUCAUAAAGCACAGGAAGCAACCAAGGGAAGGGGGGAAAUGGCAAAAAGGGUAUUCCUCCAGUAUGCACAAAAUUCUGUUCUUGGGAACUCUGGAUGAAAGCCAUAGAGUUGGAACAGAUCACUAAUCAUUCAGUUUGAUCCCUGGCCCAGCUAUUCAUACACAAGUUAAACUCAGAUUAAUUCAUGCCGCUUCAGAUCAUUGUGUUCCAUAACGGAACACAUACAGAGCAGAUGUACCACAAUUAAGGUACCUGGGGUGAAAAAAGCAUAAAAUGAUUGAAACUGGAUAAGUAAGGAUAAUUUCAUAGACUAUACAGAACAUAGACCUGGAUAUCAGAAAUGUAUUUUUAAAGGAUCGACUAUUUCACAUUCUGCAGAUGAUAAUAUAUGAGACCCCAUACUUUGGAGGAUGGCAUAAAGAGCUUUCUGAAAAUAUUGAUUGUUUUCCAAACCUUUUUGAAAAUGCUGACGAUUUCCAGGGAAUUGGAUCAAUACGUGUAAUUGGUGGAAUGUAAGUACAAUUUUGAUCCUUUUUAAAAUUUUCUUGCAAAGGUUCUCUGUGGCCUACCUGAGGCUCCAAAGUCCCUCAUCUGAUCUGUUAUUCUGCGAGCAUAGGAAAUCCGAACUCACCUAAUUAACCCUAAUUUCCUGCUUGGCAGGGGGUUGGACUCGAUGCCCCUUGUGGUCUCUUCCAACUCUAUGAUUCUAUGAUUCUAACCCUGUGCCCUGAAACUCAUCACAGUAAACAUUAACAAAUUCACUUUCCAUUGAAAUUGAUGUCACCACCCAUUUCUAUUUACUUUGUCAUGUGUGUCAUUUUAUUUAGAACAUUUGGUGAACUAUCUUUUAAAAAAUUACAAUCCAGAGAUGUUUACAACCAUGUUUACAUUAAAACUGUUUAACUUUAUAAAUAAGAAUAUGAUUAAAACAGUGGAUAAUAAACCAUUUGGUACCUCAACAUAACAAGAGAAAAUGCCUGGGUAAAUAAAAAAUGUAGACAACCUCACUGGAGAGAGUGUUCCAGAGAUGGAUUACCACAGCCAAAAAAGCUCUUUCCACAAUUAUCAUCUAACUCACUUCAGCUCAGAAAGCAGGGGAACCUCAAGAAGCACCUCUGAGGGGAUUUUAGUGGCAGGCCUUUAGGUCCUCAAGGACCAAGUAAUAUAGUGCUUAUAGGUAAGUACCAGCACUUUCAAAUUGUGAUUGGAAAUGGAUCAGUAGCCCCUGACCUGUCCACUGGCAAACAUUGAAUCCCACCCUGGGUAUUAGAAGUACAACAUAUGCCAUUCAUGAAUGAAUGGGGACAAUAAAUCUGGCAUGUGCUAUUUAUAUACAAAGUAGUAAGUAUGGAAUGGUAAAGUAAAUAUGAAAAAAAUGCAUCGAAAGGUUGGUAUAAAUUAAUUGAAUAUUAGAAUGUAAAACUUAGUAUAAAAUAUAAGGAAAGUUGUUUUAGAAGUAACAUAAGCAGAAAUUGAUGGAUGAAAACUGACAUAUUUCUUGUUAUAAUUAUGAUUUUCCUUUUCUUUUCACCUGGAUACCCUCUGAUAUUCUUUAAACAGGAGCUUUUUGUUACAUUAUGCAUUAAUACAUAGAUCAUUUUGCAUACCAAUGUUAUUUCUCAGAAUUUAUUUUUUUUAAAGAAAAAGCUGAAGCCACUAUAUCUGUUAGAACAUGGUAUUUUGUAUGUAUGGAUAUCAAAGUUGAAUACUUAAUGAUUGUUGAUAUAUUUGUAGCUCAUUUAUAACUGCUAUACCGGUUUUUUCCUUGUGUGUUUUGCAGAUGGGUUGCCUAUGAGAAGGAACGUUAUAAAGGCCGGCAAUACUUGUUAGAGGAAGGAGAAUUUGAAGACUGGAGAUCCUGGGGUGGAGUGAGCAGUGUCUUGCUGUCUUUCAGAUUUUUGCAAGCUGUAAGUACUUCUUCUGGUCCUCAAGACUAUUUCCUUCUUCAACUCACCCCCACUCACUCCCUUUCAUUGGCAUUGUAGGUGAAGGCAUACAGAUGAAUACAUACAAAUACAUUAUUUUUAUAAUUGAAUGGGCUUUUGUGCUUGGGAGGGUUGGUUGUGAUAAUUAUAGUUAUUUAAGUGAUAAUUAUUUAUUCUAGAGCAAAUCUUCCACACCCCUUGUAGAAAAUCUGUUUCCAUUUAACAGUUCUGCAAGUAUCUUAACUAUAGAUUUUUCUGAGACCCAACGGUCACUAAAAUGAUUUGGGGUGUAAUUGUAUUAUUAUAUCUACUCCUCCAACAUGAGAGAAAGCUCUAAUGUAAGAGGGUUGUUUGUGUUGUUUGUGUUCUACAUAACUCUUUUGGAAACAGUUUGACAUACCAAUUAUUCUUGCAAAGCAUGAAAAUAGACAAGUUCCUAGGCUGAACCUGACUCAGAUGUUUGAGUUAAGCACCUGUGUGGCAGGGUUGUUGAUAACAGUUCUUUUUCUGUAAUGUUAAAUGUGGCUGCAAUCCCAUCAUCACUCAUUUGGACCUAGAUCCGUAACAUCUAGUGUACAAGUAGCUCUGGAAUGGUGCCAUAAUUUUUCUUUUCUUUUCUAACCACAGUCUUGAAAUUGUGACUGCUGAAUUCAAGCAAAGGGAGAGGAGCCCCAUGAAUAAUAAAGUUCAUUGGUCUCUAGCAGGGGCAAAAUUGUUGUAGAUAUUCAAGCACUCAUCUUUCACAUACUGUAUAACUGAUUUCAUUUAAGAACAAGGCAAACUUGCAAUCGGCUGCAGAACUUUUACAUAAAGACUGUGCCAAAGAAUGUUAGCGAUGUCAAAGAAAAACCAAACACACAAGUUGUAUGUUAAGAAACAGCACUGUUAACAUUUCAUUGCUCAGGAACAAUAAUUGCAUUUACUACUAUUUACUCUGAUUAAGGAAAUACAUGCUAGCUUUGGAUAGGGCCAUUGUGAUGAUGAACAGAAAGAUAUGGAGGUGGAACUUGUUCAAGGAAAUUCCGCAGGUCAAGAGUUGUGUGGCAACUGUCCAGAUAACCUGAUGAAAGAUUCUUCUUUCUUUCAAAACAAAGUCAGCUCUAAAUGUAUAUGUAAUAUCUGAAGAAUACUGCUGGUUCAUUAUUAAAUAACAGCUUUAUGUUGUUUAAAGAAGGGGGAAAGAGGAUAUUGUAUCUAAUGCUCCCUAAUUUUCGGUUUGGAAUUCCAGGACUUCAUGGAGUCUGCAAUAACGCUUUUUGAAACGGAUGAGGAAAAUGGCAAGUUGUUGGACAUUGCCAAUCAAGAAGUUCCUGAUUUGGAAAUGGCUGGAUUUGGCUCACUCACAAGAUCAGUUAAUGUGAAGAGUGGAGCGUAAGUUCUGUUUCAAAUCUUGGUGCAGUAAGAAAUAAUUACCGUAUUUUUCGCUCUAUAAGAUGCAUCCGACCAUAAGACGCACCUAGUUUUAGAGGAGGUGAACAAGAAAAAAAAUAUUCUCUCCCUCUCUGCAUAGCGCCCCUUUGCGAAGCAGCAGGAGAAAUGGAUCCCCUUCUGUUUCUCCUCCCGCUUCGCUGAAGGGGCACUGCGCAGAGUGGGAAAGCUGCGCAGCGCCUCUCCAGUGAAGCGAAGCCAGGAGAGCAAGAGGGAUUGGUGCGCACCGAUCCCUCUUGCUCUCCUGGCUUCAGCGAAAGCAACGUGAAGCCUCUGGAGCACAGCGUUGCUUUUGCUGAAGCCAUGGAGCCUGCAUUCGCUCCAUAAGACGCACACACAUUUCCCCUUACUUUUUAGGAGGGGAAAAGUACGUCUUAUAGAGCAAAAAAUACGGUAACUUGCUUGCAUUCCAAAUCUUUCUUUUUUUCUCUUCAUUUAGUUAUCAUGCUCUGCUUAACCUAUAAAGUUACCUAUAAGUGAUAUCAAUGGCUACUUGCCACAAUGUCUAUGUUUUGCCUCCACUGUAUGCAAGUUACUGGGAGAAUGUGGCUAUGCUCAGGUCCUGCUUUCACGCUUCCCUUAUCUGACUGGCCACUGUGAAAACAGGAUGCUGAACUACAUGGGCUGCUGGCCUGAUCCAACAGCCUCUUCUUCUUGUGAUAUAUGACUGCAAAUAGAAAGAACUUUUUGGCUUCACCCAUAAUUAAAAUUGGCUAAUAGAAAUAUGUCUUUUCCUUUGGCUUUAUAGGCUAACUGGGAAAAGCUGUCUAGUGUCAGAUAACAUUGAACCACAACACAUAAAUUUUAAAUGUUUGCUUUAAAUUCAUAUUUGAUGAACAAAUGAAGAACGGACAAUUCUUUUACAGCAGUAUAUGAAUUACUAGUAUAUCUGAGUAGCUGUCUCAUGAAUUUGAACCUCAGAAAUUCUCGUUUGUCACAUCUAGAUGGGUUGCCUAUCAGCAGAAGCAUUUCUGUGGAGAACAAUAUAUACUGGAGAAAGGAAAAUAUAAAAGCUUUUUUGACUGGGGAGGUUCUAGUGAAACUAUUAUGUCAAUUCGUCCAAUUAAGUUGGUGAGUUAUCACAUUUGGUGGGAAACGGUGUAUCAUUCGCUAAAAAUACUUUAUUGUAAUAAUCCAUAAACCAAUGAGACAAAUAUUUUAAAGCUCUCGUAUAACAAUGUAAUAGUGAAUUCCAUCUACCACACACAGAACUCACACUUCCUGUGGUUUUGAAAUUUAUUUACAAUUUUCCUAUCAUACUUUGAUUUUUGUUGUAGUUGCAGGUCGUUCUGAGGUGGAAUCAAAUUUAAGUAGUGUCAAGAUGUGCUAUCAUGAGGAUAUUUUUAAGAGAAGAAUAAAUAGUUUGUUUGGGCCAUAGGUCUUAAUAAAAUUUAUGUUUCCUUCCCCCCAAAAGUGUGCAGUCAAUCCAUAAGUUGUGUUUCGGGGGGGGGAUUCAGUGUGCAUACUCUGCAGCAAGGGCAUAUAAAGCCAACCUUGUGGUAAAAUCUUCUGCUACUGACUUAUAGAAAAUCCGUAUUUUAUUGGUCACACACAGACACAGAGUUUGAAUAAGAAGCUUUCCCAAGUACCUGCAGUUUAUCUCCUUACAGAGGAGGAAAUCAGAACAGAAUAUGCCAUGUACAUAUUAAGCGUAUCUAUGAAUCUCAUUUCAUUUUUGCUAAGUAUGCAAGUAGAAAAUGAAGUUGAGCCUCCAUGAUGAAUCAACAGUUUCUCAAUAAUAUACUCAUAUACUCAAUGAUAUACUCAUAUUUCUAUUUUAUAUAUUUAUGCUUUUUGUAGGAGCCACUAGGAAAUCAUGAACCCAAACACUGGGUAAGUUCUUGUGAAAUCACAAUUAUUAGCACCAUUAAUUUUGUGGGAUAUUGGGGUUAGAUCAAGAUUUACCCUUUUGUGAAUGGAAUGCCCUCUGGGGGAAGCAUGUGUGGCUCUGGAGCCCCCCAGCACCACCUCCUGUGUAUUCUGGGAUAGUUCCCCUCCCACUGAGAGCAGCUUUUCAGUAGUUAAGCUAAAUAGACUGUUUCAAAGGACGGAAACUCAUAUUUAAAUAUUACACACACACACACACAUAUAUUAGUGAGUUAAAACUAAACAUGAAUGGUAAUACCUAAUAUAAAACUAAUCCUGGGUUUAUUUUUGCAAGCAAUUUCCUCUUUCUUCUUUUUACUGGAGAGAAUUCAACUAUUGUCCACUAUUUUUUAAAUCCCUGGGAAAGCAUAACCAGCUGGUUGAUUUUCCAGUUUCUCUUGCUCUUUUGACCCUAAGGGUUGGUGCCAAGAUUUUUUUAUUAUAUUUUUUGCAUCCUUACCAAGUUAAGCAAGUUACAUGCUUACAUCCAAAACUGCUGUGUUGUCUUGCUCUCUAGAAGAAGAGUUUGGAUUUGAUAUCCCGCCUUUCACUCCCUUUAAGGAGUCUCAAAGCGGCUAACAUUCUCCUUUCCCUUCCUCCCCCACAACAAACACUCUGUGAGGUGAGUGAGGCUGAGAGACUUCAGAGAAGUGUGACUGGCCCAAGGUCACCCAGCAGCUGCAUGUGGAGGAGCGGAGACGCGAACCCGGUUCCCCAGAUUACGAGUCCACCACUCUCAACCACUACACCACACUGGCUCUCUGGCUCUAGCAAGCUUACAUAAUGUUUUUCAGUUGUACUAAUAAGUCCAUUCUCAGUUGACUAGCAUUUCCUAGUCUACCCUACUGGAGCACAUCCUGUGAUGGAAGCCUACCACAUUUUGUCAACUUCCAGGCCUAACUGGAUGGUGUAUACUUUUGCUGCCCAUUAGGCAGUGUACUAGAAAACUUCACUUUCUACCAAAAUCUUGAUUUAGGCUGCUUAACCUUAAUUGCAUUUAAUUGGGAAAAAUUAUAUUGCAUACUGCGCAGCUGUAUUCCAUAAAUACAAACAUUGCUAAUAGUUUUCAUACAGGCAACUGUUGUAUCAACUACAUACUUGUUAUCAGCAAUCUUAGCAGAAAUAUCAGAUCAGUUACAAAUCAGUCAUAAUGCUAUAGGGAAAAUAACAUGUUUUAAGUACAACUUUUUCUUUUUAAAACUUCAGAAUGAUAAAACACUGCUACUCUGUGACAACUACUUAUCGUAAUAUAUACAUUUGUUUUCUAGUUUAUGCAUUUAUGUGUUGAAAACAAUUUUUUUUAAUAGCUUAAAGCUUUCAGCGGCACACAUUUCAAGGGAUCGUGUAUAGAUGUUACAAGAGAAGUUGCUGGUUUUGCAUCAUUUACACCUUGUUCUUUUAAGGUUCUUCGGGGAUGGUGAGUUGAGUUGAUCUAUUCACAAUUUUUAAAGCAGCUUGGAAAACAAUUUCAAUCUAUUUUAUUUACACCUUAAAAGUGAGAGAAAUUUCAAGGCAGUUUACAAAAAAAAUAUGAUGAUAAUGAUUUAAUUAUAAUAUUUGUUUAUAAGCUGUCUUGAAAAUUAUCUCUCUUUUAAGCUGUUAACUUUUCAGUAAGGGCAUUAUAUAGUUGCUAAAGCCUACAGUCAGAUUUGUGCCAUGCUUAGAAAUAGGCCCCUAAUUUCAUGACUGCUAGUAUCAAACUUAUGUUGUAUGCAUUUAUUUUCUGUUUAUAUACCACCAAACUUUUGUGUUUAGUUGUAAGUCCCUAGAAUGAAAUCAGUGUGUGUUGAAAAAAUUGUCUUCUGUUGAUAUUUUAUUUGGAGAAAAACAUAAUAACCUAUUACGACAGCUGACCUUUUCUUGGAUUUAUCCUUCUAGUUGGUUACUGCAUUACCAGGGGGAAACUGCUGAGGAUCAGUGUGUGCUGGAAGAAGACCUCUACCCUGACCUUACUUCCUGUGGUUGUCCAGCAGCUGCAGUCAAGUCCCUUAAGCCUCUUGAAUAUGUAAGAUCUGUAUUUAAAAGGUCUGUUUUAUAGCCAGCCAUACUCCAGGGAAGCCUAUUAAAUUCCCUGUAAUUCAAAUUCAGGGAAAAUAGCAUCUUGCAGAGAAAGUGAAGAGUUGGGCUGCAUAUGCGCACAGAUAUUAGAGAGAAAAAAUUAACUUACUGAAUAGUACUUUGUUUGGCGCGGUGGCAAGGGGAUACUUUUUUAAGGGCAAAGUCUAGUGCACAGGCAGGCAUUGUUUGUGGUGAGUCCUACCAGGCCUCCUGCUGACAAUGGUCCUGUCCGUGUUUCAUGUCUUUGUCAGAAGAAAGUGGUAAUAUGGGUAACUGACAGAGGUUUCCCCUCUAAUUUUAUUUACAUGCCAACUGCAUGUUCAGGUGGCUCAGUUGUCCUGUGUUUGGAGCAGUAGCAGCAGUGCAGGCAGGAAGCAACCAUCUAAUGAAAUAUUUGUUUGGAUUUAAACAAAUGAUCUCCAACCUAUAAUUUGUGCCAGUGUAAUUUCUGUGGGUUAAACCACAGAGCCUAGGAGUUGCUGAUCAGAAGGUCAGCAGUUAGAAUCCCCGCGACAGGGUGAGCUCCUGUUGCUUGGUCCCUGCUCCUGCCAAUCUAGCAGUUCAAAAGCACAUCAAAGUGAAAGUAGAUAAAUAGGUACCGCUCCUGCGGGAAGGUAAACGGCGUUUCCGUGCGCUGCUCUGGUUCGCCAGAAGCGGCUUAGUCAUGCUGGCCACAUGACCUGGAAGCUGUACGCUGGCUCCCUCGGCCAAUAAAGCAAGAUGAGCGCCGCAACCCCAGAGUCGGCCACAACUGGACCUAAUCGUCAGAGGUCCCUUUACCUUUUUAAUUUGUUGAAAGGUUGCCAGGUCCGCCCUCCCCCAACUCCGAUUUCUGACAGAAAAGAAGUUCUGCAGCUUACCAAGCAAUCCGUAAUAGCAAGAACAGGAUUAGCAUAUGAUACAGCAAUAGCUACACUGGUGUGGUGCUGCAAGAUUCUUGUGACUGACACCAUAAUCCUAAUUUAUGUCUAAUCAGUCAAUCCUACUGAAUUCAGUGGGGCUUACUCUUCGGUCAUUGGGGUUAGGAGUGCAGCCUUGUUUAAUGGGAAAAGGAUGUGUUAAUUGGUGACAAAUGCAAAGUGGGUAGCAGCAAAUAUAUACCAGGUUUAUUAUUUCCCUGCCAUAAUCACAGGCAAUGAUAUAUGUUACCUGACUCAAGCAGUUUCUAAACCUUCAGGUUAGGGUAUAACUGAAGUUUUUACAGGUUAAAUUGCCCAUAGUAUGUCUUAAUUGCCUCAAGUAGACUAACUUUAGUACCAUGUGUAUUGCUAAUCUUAAUAGCUCUUUGUUGCACUAAGAACAAACUGGGAAACUGGUCCCCUUUGUGUUCAGCAUUGUACUAGAUUAGUUUUACUGUCCCUGAGUGUUUAAAAAAAUGUUUUGAAAUAGCUUUAUAGCUUUCACCAAUGAAUAGGCUAAUUCUUCUCAUCUUAUCGCCUGCCUAUUCAUGAUUGUCCCUUCUCUGAGAGAGAGAGAGAGAGAGAGAGGAGGACGAGGAGGAGGAGGAGGAGAAUGAUAACAUUUAAAGAAUCAGUCUCUCAUUUGGUCCAUUCCUUCUAUGCUUCUGGUGUGCAACUAUAUUGUCUUUUGGCUGUUUUGCAAUGCCAUUUGGCCCUUAUUAAAUUCAUACUGUUAGAAUCCAGCUAAUUUGAAAUUCGUUGAAAUUUGUUAAAAUUUUAAGAGAGACUAGCAUUGUUAAACCAUUGUGUUGUGUCCUCAAGAGGCUCUGUGGCAAGAAAUUAUGACCUCUGUACAAGGAGGAACUUCCCCUGGUUUCAUUUACAAACAACAUGCAGUUUAGCAGUAUCAUGCACUUGCUGUUCUAGAAAGCUGCUUUUAGUAACAAUGUUAGAUGUUGAUCUGAACACUCAAGAAUGCAGUAAUGGGCAGACAUUAUUUACUUCUGUGCACAAUUGUUCUGAGCCUGUAUUUUAUACAUUGCUUAUUUUUGUGUUGUGCUUGUUUUUAAUUGCCGAAAUGGCUUCUUCUGCACGUGUCUACUGCAAAAGUACUUCAUUUUGGCUGAAGUAUUUUAGGCAGUUAGGUAUCAUCAGAUGUAACUGGAAUGUAGUUUACAUUUUUAUGGCAUUGCUGACUUAGAAGACAUUUUAAAAGUACAGUGAGUGGUACCUUGGAAGUUGAACAGAAUCCAUUCCAGAAGUCCGUUCAACUUCCAAAAUGUUCAGAAACCAAGACACGGCUUCCGAUUGGCUGCAGGAAGCUCCUGCAGCCAAUCGGAAGCCGUUUCGGAUGUUCAGGUUCCAAAGAACAUUCUAAAACUGGAAGAAUCACUUCCGAUUUUCGAUUGUUCGAGAGCCAGAACGUUUGACUCCCAAGGCAUUUGAAAACCAAGGUACGACUGUAAUGUUGCUCAUCCCAUAUGAAGAGUCCAGUUGGAUCAGUCCGAAGGCUUCUCUAGUACAGCAUCCUAUUCCCACAGUGGCCAAGAGAAGCCCAUAACCAGGACAUAAGUCCAACAGCCCUCUCCCUUUCAUGAGCCUAGCAACUAGUAUUCAGAAGUAUACUUAGUCCAUCCCUGAUGGCUGUUUAUUUUAUGAAGUGCUGAUUAAUUGAUUAUGCUUAUCAGUACAACCAGCUUUUAUUUGGUUUGUGUUGCCAACAGAAUCUAAGGUCACUUUUUUUAGUUGUUUUAGUUGGAUUUUUAUUUUAUUUUAAAUCUGGCUAGGAUUGAAAGUAAACACAAAAUGAUAUAACAAAAGAUAUGUGAUAUUAAGCUUACAUAUUCAUAAUUACUAGAAGCUGCCACAUUAACAACUGUUGAUAUAGCUUUGACAAUUUCUCAGUCCUUAAUAUAGUUGCACUAGGAAAAAAUAAAAGGAUAGUUUGAGGAAGACUGUAUGGUCCAACUCCAAUUCUUUGUUUCUAUGAAAGUCUGUCAUGUAGGUCAGAGUUAAAUAGAAUGUUAUCUGUGGAACUUUGUCACCUGAGCAGAAAAUAAUGGCCAGAGCUGCUGUUGUGCCUUUGGCAGAAGUGUAAUGAGCAGGGAUUAGCAGGAGAAGCUUUUCAUGGGAUAGCAAUGAUUGUUGUUGUUGUUUAGUCAUUUAGUCGUGUCCGACUCUUUGUGACCCCAUGGACCAGAGCACGCCAGGCACUCCUGUCUUCCACUGCCUUCCGCAGUUUGGUCAAACUCAUGUUGGUAGCUUCGAGAACACUGUCCAACCAUCUCGUCCUCUGUCGUCCCCUUCUCCUUGUGCCCUCCAUCUUUCCCAACAUCACAGUCUUUUCCAGGGAGUCUUCUCUUCUCAUGAGGCGGCCAAAGUAUUGGAGCCUCAGCUUCAGAAUCUGUCCUUCGAGUGAGCACUCAGGGCUGGUACCUCCUAAUGAGUGCUAAUCAAUUAGGAGUUGAAAGUGCAGAAACAAUAGCCAGUUUAAAAAUUGCCAACCCUAAUUGUUUGACAAUUCCACUCAUGAUGUUCAUUGGGGCUUACUCCUAGGUAGGUGUGCCUAGGACUGUUCCACAAUCUCUGUUGUUGCUGACAAUGUUGUUGUUGUUCAUCCAAGUUUACCAACAAUUUUGAAAACUGUUCUGAUCCUCUAGGCCAGGCUUCCUCAACCUCAGCCCUCCAGAUGUUUUUGGCCUACAACUCCCAUGAUCCCUAGCUAGCAGGACCAGUGGUCAGGAAUGAUGGGAAUUCUAGUCUCAAAACAUCUGGAGGGCCAAAGUUGAGGAGGCCUUCUCUAGGCUGUGCCAUUGUUUGGCUAUCUUCUACUUUCAGAUUUUUCGAAUCCUUUUUCUCUGCUAGCCUUAAAAUGAUCCAGCAAUCAUGGACACAGUUUGAAUAAGUUGAAGAUGUUCAUGUUUUGAGCUCUAGUGGGGGUUCAGGGCUCUGCCACUAUGGAAUUCCUGACUAUGUUCAUGUAAACCAUGGGGCGGGUGGAAGCUACCACUGGCAGUAGACAGCAUAUUCACCCCCCCCCCAAAAAAAAAACACACACACAAGUGUUUCAGAGGCCAGGGAAGGGAUAGAACUGGACCAACCAAGGAUGUGCUGUGUCCUAAGCUUGUCCAGCUUCUGGCAGGAAGCCAAAUCUGGGCUUCUCUGCUGUAAUAGUCUGGACCUGGCAUAGCAGAAAGGUGGUUUCCCCACCUGCCCCCUCCCCCACCUUAAGCCCUGGCCAUCAUGAGUUGUGGGGCCCCAAAUGCAGUUUUUCUGCCACUCUAUUAAGCCUCGCUGCUGGCUUCUAACAGUUUGCAAUGUUCCUUAACUUGAUUUGUUCAGAAGCUAAAUGUGCAGUGAUACCUGUCCCUGGAGGGAGUUGUCACCUUGCAAGUAGAGACACUAGCGAAAUAGGGAACUACCUUCACAGCGACAUUUGCUGUGCAGAUGUUACCAGCUUUUCUCUUUUCUGUAGGUUUUUGCCGAGCCUUUGAUCAGCCUUUUCGCUUUGGAGAAUUGCGAAGGCAGAGAGCUGCCCUUGCAAGAAGCAGUCGGUUCAAUUCUGAAUAAGGAUCUUCAUUUUCUUACCCAGUCUGUGUGGGUGAAAAGUGGACUGUAAGUAUCACUUUAUUCUACAGAGUAGAAGUCCUAACACUGCACAAGCAGGAUGACACUGUUGAGCGUCAUCUAGUAUUUCCAUAAGAAGGAACUGCGUGGAAUACUGUAUUAAUCCAAGUGCUUUUUGGGGAUACACACACAAGUAGUGAAAUGUUUAGUCUUGCAGCACUUUAUUUUGUAAUGGCAGAAGUAAAGAUCAGAGGAACUAUUUGCUAACAUGUUUCAAGCAGGACAGAACAAGCAAAAAAUGCAAGAAUAAAUGGCUGUCUUAGAUAAAAGCAUUUAACUUGCAAAACAGGAAUCACACAGCCAGCCUUGUUUUAGAAUAGGUAGAGGAGGAGAAAAAUGAAAACCUGCUAUAUAAUAAAUUUCAGGUUUCCAACAACUAUGAUGCAAUGUCUGUUGUAAAAUAAACGUCGCUCUUUAAACAACAUAAGGCAAUAUUCUGCCUUGAAAAUACCCUUAGAAGUUACAAGUAUAGGCUACAAUGCCAUAUUACUCAUCCAAGGUAUUUUUAAAUGAUGGAAAGGGGGAGUGUUCCAUGAAGAAGAAAGCAAAAGUCUGCUGAGCAUAUGCUAGGCUGCAACAACUAAGAGAGAUUAUCACUGGGGGAAUAUUCUGGGGGAAUAUUUUUUUAGGAUUGAAUUAGAACUGAAAUUAAAGUUGAUUUGAAUUUCUUCUGCCCAUUCCCUUUUCCUUCCCCUAUGAUAGGGAGACAUGUUAGAAAGAUCUCUGGAGAAAUGCCAACUUCCUGCCCAGAGCUGUUAAAAUAACCAGAAUCCUAUCUGAAUGGGAGGGUGAUACUCCUUUGUGAACAUCUGAUGUGGUAGUUUGGUCUCUGUUUCAUUAUAGUCAAAGUUGGCAAAGGCUUUUUGCUGUCUUUCCUCACAUAGGCUAAUCAGAUGUUUGGGUCCAAUCUUGUACAUGUCUAUUUGGAAGUAGGUUUCGCUAAGAUAUGCAUAGAAUUGAAGCCUUAAUGGCUUACAACUCAACAUCUAGUAUAAUGCGAUCAUGCGAAGCAUGAGUAUAUUUUCAGUUAAAAACACUUUACUGCAUAUUUUUGUCUAGUUGAAAUUUUACCGCAUUAACAUAGUUAAUUCACAUUCUGUUUUGAACUAGAUGGAUAGCAUAUGAAGGAUGCAGUUUCUUAGGGAAGCAACUUCUCCUUGAACCCAGCAAGAUUUCGAACUGGACUCAGUUUAGUGGCUGGAAAGUAAUUGGCUCCCUUCGUCCUGUAAAGCAGGUACCAGUUACAAAGUCUGUUUCUUCUCGCAGAAUACAUGCAUCUUUUUAAAAUGUUGAUCCUACAUUCGGCAAAGGUAGGGAGUUCUUUUCUGCUGAAUGGAACCUAAACCAUGUCCAAUUCUAGUAUUCAUUUAGUUGUGGAAGUACAUUACCAUUUUUAUGCAUGCGGUAUGCAAACAGAGGUUGUAUGUUUACAUCAGAAGGAAAAAUGUAUUUGUGCAGAUUUAUAACAGAGAUACAUACCUGUCCCUGAAGUGUGUGGUAAUUAUUCCUUUCUGUUUCAGCCAGCAGCGUACUUCAGAAUAAAGAACCAAUCCCUAGACAAAUACCUGACAGUUGCUGGGAAUCUAAUGGAUGCAAGAGCUGCAUCAUUAUGUCUUUCCCCAUUAAAUGGCAAGACUACUCAGAUCUGGCGCUACUGUUCUGGACUUCUCAAGUCCAAGGUACUUUGCUAGCAGCUGAAACGGCAAUGUCAUCAUCCUCAAUUUUGUCUGUUUAUAAAGCCCGGCCAUUUCUUCUUCUGUGCAAGUAGGGACCAGGGUAAUGCAAUGGGCAGUGGAAACACUUUAGGUGCUUAGGAAAGCUAGCUAACCCUUCCUGCCUUUUCCCUCUCACAAGUCCAUAGCUUGCUUCUUCAACAGCCCAGGUUCCAAAUUCAAGUUUCCAUUGCAUCCACAAAUUAAUGUUUCUAAUUCAUAUGAAUAAGGCUUUGAAACUGCAAACUUUUCAGGGUGAAAUGAGGUAAUGUAUUUUAAAAGCAAACAGCACACUGUGUCAGAAAAAUAAGGGUUUUGUUUUUUUUAAUAGCAGCCUUCAUGGGAGAACAAUUAUUUUGACUCCUGUAUCAUUUUCAAGUUCAAAUGCAUUAGCUCUGCAUGUGAUACAUUUCCUUGCAUGAAUGUCUCCCUGGGAGAAGAACCUCUCUAAAAGGUUACUUUAGUGUGUGUUUUAUCAUUGGAGUGUGCUAAUUUGUACCAGACUUCUCAGACCACCUUUAUCAUGCAUCUGUAAAAAAACUGAGUAAGGAAAACCAUGCCUUCUAGCAAGCACACUACUAAAGAUGCAAUUGCUACAUUUUGCUUUAUGGUUAGGCCAAACCUGCCGUAAUCCCCUCCUUUUUUAAAAGUUUCCUUCUUGGCAAUUGUCCUCAGUUAUGUAUGUUGAAUUUGAUAGCACUGAGAUCACUGUCUCCGUUUGUUCAACACUUAGAAUCUACUCCAGGUCCUGGGCACCAUUUCGUUCCAAUUGCCUUAAUACAACUAGUCACAGAUAGACCUGUGUCUGUAGAACAGGGAUGGGGAACCAGAUGAUUUCCAGAUGUUGCUGGAGACCCAUGUUCCUCUGCCCCAGUCAACAUGAUGGGCGUUAGGAGUCCAGCAACAUCUGGAGGACCACAGGUUCCCAACCCCUGCUAUCGAGCAUACGCAUGCCUAACAAUGAACUUUGGCCUGUUGCACCAGUCCUUUUUUUACUCUUCAUACCGUGCUUUAAACUGUCUACUAAAAACAGUGAUACCCUGUACUCGGUGAAUCAGUUGUUUAUUUUGGUGGUAUGAUGGAUCCAGCCUUCUUGUUGCUGGAGACUAUAUUCCUGCUAUUGUACUUUUCUGUAGGGCAUAUAUCCGUUAGAAAUAUGUAAAUAUUAGAGCCCACCAAGGCAAUGAACAAAUUCUUUCCCCCAAUUUAUCUAGGUUAAUGAUGCUUGCCUUGAUGUCAUUGGAGGCAGAGAUGUUCCUGGAGCUAAAGUCGCAUUGUGGGUAGAGCAUGGGAAGGCAAGACAGAAGUGGCUGCUCAACAGAGAUGGGACCAUCAGCUCAUACCUCAGUGACCAACUGGUUCUCGAUAUCAAAGGUAGACUUUAGCUAUUGUUUUAUAUGCCCCUUUAAUUUGGUACAAAAAUACAAGUCUUCACACAAUUGUCUCCUCACUCCCCUUUUAAGGCUCUUAAACUAGAUUUAGGUCAUGUCAAGCUUACCUGGAAUAACUUAGAAAGUGGACAUAGUGAGCUCUUCUGCACACUGAGGUCACAAAUGCAUUUAGUCCAUCUAAAUAGCAAUAUCCUUAGAUCUUUUCGCAACUGAAGUCAAAAGGCUUCAUCGUCAAAACCACAUUGGAUACUCAAAUCAUGAAAAUCAUGCCUCCUAGGAAGUAUUUCACCAGAAGUAAUUGCUUCAUUUAGCUUUAAGCUUAGUAAUGCUCGAAGUUCCUUGGUCCGCUUUCUGAAUAGGCUGGCCCUUGUCAGUAUCAGACUUGAUUGUCCAAAUAAUGUUUAUAAUUGUCCAACUUAAGAGCAGGGUAGAACUACGCAAUGAAUGUAUUUGUAGGGGAUCAUGACAAAAAUCCAAAGAGGUGAAAGCACUUCAAGUUAAAGGGUAUGUGCCAGAGAUUUAGUGACACCAUGUAUAGGUGUUUAUCCACUGAUGCUAGAAGCCUAUAAGCCAGAACAAGCAAGCUGUAGUGCUUGGUUUUAAAGGAAAGCAUAGUGGAAUGGAGAGAACCAGUGGCACACUAUCUCUGGGUACAAACGCUGUAGGAAAGCCAGGGGAGGGUUAACUGGAGGUGGUGUCACUGCGAAAAUAAGAUGUUGGGCUAGAUUAGAUGAGCCUUUGGUCUGAUCCAGCAGGACUCUUUGUUUUUUGUCUUGCCAGUAACAAUGGAAUCGAAAAGAAUAUUACUUUGCUAUGCUAGCAGCAGCAGCUGCAGUUUCCAUAAGCAUGCAGUGAAACCAAAUCAAAGAUUCAUGUGUUUAUAAACAAUGAUAAAACACACAUUGAAUUUGGAUAAUCCAUUUAGCUACAAUGAUCAUAUUUUGCUUAGCUUUUGGGGGGGCGGGGGGAAUACUCUGCAGUGCUGCCUUAUAGAGCCAAACUUGGCCCUCCAGCUGUUUUGGGACUACAACUCCCAUCAUCCCUAGCUAACAGGACCAGGGGUCAGGGAUGAUGGGAAUUGUAGUCCCAAAACAGCAGGAGGCGAAGUUUGGCCAUCCCUGUUAUAAAGUAUGCCAUUUCUGCCUGACUUUGAGGUCAAAUUUUUUAUGUCUGUCAGUAUUUGCGUUCCAAACUGCCAUGCAUACAUUAGGAUCUCUGCUUAAGAAUACAAUUACCGGCUCUUAAUAACAGGGCCAGGGCAUCAUCAACAGAGUCUGGACAGACCCAGGCGUCACUGCAGCUUUAAUACAACCACUUGUUCGCAGAAUCAUAAAGAAAACCUUUAUAGAUAGCAGCUCUUUGCACACUGGAAAGUUAUCCUACAUAAGCUAGAAAAACAGAAAAAAUAUAAGGCCAAAAAAAAAAAAAAAAUUGCCUGAAAUAUACUGUGCAGGACUAAGUAAUUCUGGAUCACGUGUAUAUAUUGUCACCAUCUUGCUUCCAGUUUAGUUUGAAAGAGGAUUUUCUAAUGAAAAGAAUUUUUAAAACAGUUUUUAGGUGUUAACAUUUUACAAGUACAGUGGUACCUCAGGUUACAUACGUUUCAGGUUACAUACGCUUCAGGUUACAGACUCCGCUAACCCAGAAAUAGUGCUUCAGGUUAAGAACAGUUUCAGGUUAAGUACGGACCUCCGGAACGAAUUAAGUACUUAACCCGAGGUACCACUGUACUGCACAUUUAGUGCAAUGGAAAAAAAUAGGCUUAUAAAUAAUCAAUAAUGAAUUGACGUAAACUAUUGACCUUCUCAAAUGUCUCUUAUUUUAGGAGGAUAUUAUUAUGACAGGAGCCACAUUGUUGUAAACCAGCUCGACACCAGCAAAUGCACACAGAUAUGGGACUUCGAAAUAUUGUGAGUGUGUCUCACUCCACUAUAAAGGCAUUUUAAACUCUGAACAAAUGUGGGAUGAAAACACUGUUGAACAAACUACUGAAGUCACACAGCACUGGAGCGUGUUAUAGAAUGUGCCUGACUCUGCUAGCCAGGGAAUCCAAAACUGUCACAUGUUUUAAGUGGCAAUGGAAUGCUGAAUCUUAUAUUGUCUUCUUUACCCUUGUGAACAGAUAUACAACAUAAGAGCAAUGGCAUAUUCAGCAGAGUCCUAUUAAGCAAUAAUGCUACAGUGGUGAUUAUGCAAACAUUCUCUACUUGCUAAUUAUAUGUUUUUUACCCCCUUUUCCUUAUCAUGUGAGAGCUAAAAAACAACAAAACUUUGAGCUGAAAUGCAUCUCCUACAGUUUUAAGCUACAAGUAGAAGCUUUUUGAUUAUUGCACUGUUUCCUCAUAUCUAGAUAUAUCUCACUUUUGAAAAAUUGAGUGUUUUGCCUCAGGUAAGUUUCAUCAUUGUAACUCAAAAUGGCGAUAAAACAAAUGCUUUGAGAACUGUAUAUGAAAAGACAGUUUAUUUAAUGUUAAGCUUAGUGCUAAUUCUCCAUUCUCAAUAGUAUUUUAUUGUAGAGGAGAAUUUAUGUAAGAGAUCUAGUGACUAGUUUAGACUAUUCACUAGCAGCUUGGUAAUGCACAGAGCAUUGUCACAGAGAAAUAUUGGCAAUGAUUCAGAUUUUGUAUAGAAAACUUUCUGCUGUUGUUCCAGUCUACCCACUGUAGCCACAAUUCCAGCCAGUUAAAAAUCAAUGGGAUUAAAAAGUGUUUAACUAGGGAGAUUAAAGUAUAUGAUUCGUUUUUGCAGUGAUUAACUUUGGCUGGAUUGUGCCCUGGUUUUUUUCCCCUUCCACUUAUGAGUUAUUAAAAUCAGAACGCCAAAAGCGUUUGAUAAACUUAACAUAGCUCUAAGCCUUAGCGUAGUUCAUCCACUAGAGAACAAGUCAACACCACACAUUCAGCUGUUUUCUGGAAAGUUGCACCAGCACUAUUUGUACCACUUUACAUAUGCAAAUUGUUGUUUUUUCUUUAAAAAAAAAACCUUUCCAAAAAUACGGAAAACCUAAGUGUAAAAGGAUAUGAAAAUUCCAGUUGAAGAUAAAUUCAGACUUGGGGCUCUGCUUCUGCCUAUCCUGCAAGAACCUUUCCACUUUCAUCUUUGCUCUUAGUUUUAAACUCAAACUUAAAUUGGAAUUGUGCAAAACAAUGUCUGAGUUUAAAACUAAAUUUGCAGUCUAAUACAGUUGUUCACUCCAGUGUAUCUGGAGCCCCUAGUAAUUAAAAUCCUUCUGACUGGCUGCUUUGGCAGGAAAUGAGGAGCCACAGGGACUGAAUUUAGCAGAAUUUUAACCACUUUUAAAGGGCUUGAGGUAUGCAACCUCUUAUGUUAAUAAAUGAAAAUGGUGGCCACAUGUUCAGGGCCUGUUUGCACAUGUAGCUUUCCAUGCAACUGUGUUAUGCACCUGGAAGCUGGAUCAGUUCGUUAUUUCUUUGUACCUUAAUGUAUUUUUUGGAAACAAUUGAACAUCAAGCUUGAAUAGCUAAAACCAAACAGUGUAAGACUAGAUUUCUCAUAUUUGCUAUAGCUGCACAGUUAAGGAAAAAGUAAAAACUUUGGGGGGAAACCUCUAUUUUUAUAAUGAAGAUAUGGCAUUCUUAAUAUAUUAACAUCUACCUAAGGGCUUGAGCCACAACUCUGCUGCAUUAUGCCAUCAACCACAUGCAUUCUGGAGACACAACUGACCUUGCCACAUCUCCUGUCACUGGUUGCAGAAGCAGCAGAGGCACCCUGGGCCGCAAACUGUUGCAGUAGCUCACACCAGUAACAGCAGCCUUGAUUGGCUCUUGCACAACCUCUACCAGCAGUUCAGUCUUCAUAUCCUAAAAAAACCUAGUUUUUCUAGAACCAAGGGAGCUAUGCAAGGUGAAAUGCUGCAUAUGUGUGUGUGCACUGCAUCCUAAUAAGCACUUUAGAUUGUAAAAUAAAUAAUACACCUACUUUUUCAUUUUUUACGUCACUAGGAUCUUUAAAUAUAUUUUCAUCUGAAGCACUUAUUUAAUAGAUGGAAUUUGUGUAUGCUAAAAUCAAACAAUUCUGAAACUACAUUUAAUACUUUUUUUAAAAAGUGCUUUCAAGACGAUGUAAAAUCCAGUCAGCCUCAAAUAAGAUGCUCUCAUUUGGUGUAUCAGUGUUAUGUAACUAUGACUACAAUAAAAAACCCACUUAGUGGGAGUAAGCCUGAUUCAACAGGAAUUUAAGUAAGCGUGAAUGGAGUUGCACUCUUAAGCGCAGCAGACUUUUAGGAUACAGUUGUAUUUUGGAAGCCGAAUGCCUUGCCAGUUGAACGUUUUGGCUCCUGAACGCCGCAAACCCAGAAGUGAGUGUUCCGGUUUGUGAACAUGCUUUGAAAGCCGAAUGUCUAACGUGGCUUACGAUUGCCAAUCAGAAGCCGUGCCUUGGUUACCGAACGGAUUCCGUUUGGCUUCUAAGGUACGUCUGUAUUUGCUCUAGUCCCACCACAGGCACAGCUCCCAAAAGUGAAGGACUUACAGACUGGUGCUUUGAACGACCAGUAACUUUAUUAGACAUGGUGGUACUGGGGACCAAAUCAGCUCUAUUGCACCUGUGGGACUAUUUCUAUCCACAAGGCUUGUACCCACAGAGACACAAUACUUGAGCUGUAGAGUUUAGAGGGUCAUUCUGACUGGAAUGUACGUGUGUAUAUUUAAUGUAUAUAAAGUGUUAAAGGAUAGAAGGGGUGGAUUGCCUUUAUCCUGUUCAUGGUAUAUUUAUCGCAAACUGCAAUAAUAUUUUUUUAAUGAUGCAAGGGAGAAUUCCCCCCCUAAAACCAGAAUGCCAGUUAUCACAUUUUGUCCAAAAGUGACCUUAUAUAUAGUGUAUAUAGUUGACAUUUCUCUGUGCUAUUGGAUUAAAAAUACUUC